CACCUCGCUCGAUUGUGGCAACCCGGCGGCGGCUCAGCUCGUUCGAGGCAGCGCUCGCUCUUGGCUCUUCAGUUUCUUCGCGGCCUCUCAACGGGAAAGUUGUACGGAUCUAAUCUACCACGAAUCGAAGGAGAAGCGAAUGUUCAGUUUCGCGGCCCGCGCGACCUCGAACGAGAUCAGCACAAAGUGACUGGAAUUGAAGUCGAUAGUUUUUUCUGUGAAUUUCCAGGACUGCGCGCUGCGGGUGCACCGAUAUGUGCGUAGUGCUGUUUGUUGAAGAAUAGAUUGAAGACCGUAAAAGCGGAUGGUGCUAUAGCCGCUGUCGUACAACUGCGGCUACGGAGAGGUAGUGACGGAAACGACAUCGACAAGAUCGGAGACUUCAACGCUAGUGGGAAGCCGCGGUCGGUUAUGGAUAAAUGCUAAAUGUUUACGAAGUGGUAUGGUUGGGGUUUGUGCCUUUUUUUUGCUAAAAUGUGAAAUGUCAAAUGAAUGCAGAGCUGAGAAGUGAAAAAAAACGUGUAGCAUUAGGUGGAACACAUAUUUACCGGAUGGUUAAAUGCCAAUGGGGGAAAACAGUUUGAACGGACUCCGGUGCUGCUUGUUAAUUAGUGCAGAGUCAGCUGCUAUAAGCUGUUGUUCGCAAACAAAAAUCAAGGUCAACAGCUAAAACAGAAUGAAAAUAUUUCUUAUGAUAACUAUUGAAAAUGUACGAAGAUUACCGUUAGAGUGUAUAAUUAUUUGAAGUGAAAAGUGAGCAGUGAGAUACAUAAAACAUCCAAGUUGCAGGAUUCUUUGCAUCGAACGUUGGGUGUGUGUAUAUACUGGAAAGAUCAUGAUAAUUCUUUUAAACUGUUAACUUUUGGUUCCCUAAGGCAAGGGGCGCAAUCAAGCAAAAAUGAAAAUAUUUUUGCCAUUAGUGGUGUGGAUUGUAUUGCUUUUUCGGACGGCGAGUGCACAGUACUCGGCGUCCCGAAAAAACGUCGGCAUCUUCGGACUAAAGCACGAAGUGUUUUUUCUGAACCUCGAAGAUGGCUACUUCGGCUGCCAAGUCAACGAGUCCACAGACUACCUGCAGCUGUACGAGCUAUCCAAACUGUGUGAUGGCACAUCGGAUUGCUAUAUGGGCUCCGAUGAGCUUAGAAAUAAGUUAAAAUGUACAAAUGAUUGUGAUAAAGAUGGCACGGCCUGCUCAAACGGAGCGUGCCUAGAAGGCCAAUGCCAUUGUAAUGAUGGCUUUGGAGGUUGCAAUUGUCAAGUUCCAGACGAAAACGAGUGUAAAUAUCGACCCUGUGACGUUUUCGCGCACUGUACAAAUACUUUAGGUAGCUUUACUUGCACGUGCUUUCCUGGCUAUCGGGGCGAUGGAUUCCAUUGCGAAGAUAUUGACGAAUGUCAAGAUCCUGCGAUCGCCGCUCGUUGCGUUGACAACGCAGAAUGUUGCAACUUACCAGCGCAUUUCGUGUGUAAAUGCAAACCAGGAUUCGAUGGAGAUGGAGAGGAACGGUGUACAGACAUCAACGAAUGCCUCGAUCCACAGGCAUGCGGAGUGAACGCAGAGUGUGUAAACUUCCCCGGAAACUACACCUGUCUGUGUAAGGAUGGCUUCAUCGGAGAUCCCUAUAACGGAUGCGGAGAUAUCGAUGAAUGCGCACAGCCAGGCAUUUGCGGACCCGGUGCCAUAUGUACGAACCUCGAGGGCAGUUUUCGCUGCGAUUGUCCCGAGGGGUUCGAAGGGGAUGCACGCUCGGCUCAAGGUUGUAAGGACUUCGAUGAAUGCACUCGCACACCUUGUGGAAGGAAUGCUUUGUGCCGAAACGACGUCGGUAGCUUUCGAUGCGAAUGUGCCGAUGGUUUUCACGGUGAUCCGAUGACGGACUGUCAAGAUGUAAACGAAUGCCUAGAUAAUCCGUGUGGGAAAAAUGCGAUAUGCACGGAUACGGUUGGUAGCUUUGUUUGCUCUUGUAAACCAGAAUACACAGGAGAUCCGUUUCGGGGGUGCGUCGAUAUAAACGAAUGUACAGCGUAUGAUAAACCCUGCGGAAAUCAUGCAAUCUGCGAAAAUGCAAAUCCUGGAUACAACUGCCUGUGUCCACAAGGAUAUAUUGGAAAACCGGACCCAAAAAUCGCGUGUGAACAAGCGGACGUUAACGUACUUUGUACCAGCAAUUUUGAUUGUACCAACAAUGCUGAAUGUAUCGAGGGACAAUGCUUUUGUCAAGAUGGUUUUGAACCACAAGGUUCGAAUUGUAUUGAUAUUGACGAAUGUCGAAUGGACAGCAAAAUUUGUGGACCAGCGUCAAUGUGUAUCAAUACACCAGGAUCAUUCAAAUGUCAGUGUGAAGCUGGGUUUAUUGGAACACCACCGCGAAUUCAAUGCAAAACACCAUGUGCAGAUGUCAAAUGUGGGAAAAAUGCGUACUGCAAGGCUGAAGGACAAGAGGCAUUUUGUAUUUGUGACGAAGGAUGGACCUUCAAUCCUGCCGAUAUUUCCGCUGGUUGUGUUGAUAUUAACGAGUGUGAUCCAUCGCAAGGGCCCAGCGGACGGUGUGGUGUAAACGCAAUCUGUUCGAACCAACCGGGCGGAUAUAGCUGUCAGUGUCCUCCUGGAUUUACCGGAGACGCACAUCGCCAGUGUUACGACAUAGAUGAAUGUUUAAGGCCGAGCGCUUGCGGUGAAAAUGCUCUAUGUAAGAACACAGAAGGUUCUCAUCAGUGUUCUUGUCCAGCAGGCUCUAUUGCUGAUCCUGAUCCUAGUGUAAGAUGUAUAACUAUUGUAACAUGUACCAAAGAUCACGACUGUCCCGGUAAUGCCAUAUGCGAUGCCCAAAAACGAUGCCUCUGUCCAGAACCAAACAUUGGGAAUGACUGCAGGCACCCAUGCGAGAAGACUUCAUGUGGGCCAAAUUCACAUUGCAUGUUGGUCAACGGCGAAGCACAAUGCUUGUGCAGUGAAGGGUUCACUGGCCAUCCUGGUCAAUGUGUAGAUAUCAACGAAUGUGCUGGUAAUCCAUGUCCCACCGGCGCAAUCUGUUCGAACCUUCCCGGUGGUUACACCUGCCAAUGUCCAGGUGGAAGUUCAGGCGAUCCGUACUCCGGUGGUUGUUCGAAAUCGGCUCUUCAUAUUUGCAAUGAUCAAAACCCCUGCCCUGGUGGAGAAAAAUGUAUUCAAGAUGCAUACAGUGGAAACAGUGUAUGCAUCUGCGGACAAGGAUACAAACGCAACUCGAAAGGAACAUGUAAAGAUGUCAAUGAGUGCAAAGAUCCUGACAAACCGGCAUGUGGCAUCAAUGCAAUUUGUAAAAAUUUGCCCGGAAGCUAUGAAUGCCAAUGUCCUCCAGGCUUCAAUGGAAAUCCAUUUCUCUCCUGCGAAGAAUGCAACAGCUUGGAGUGCAAAUGUCCUGCCCCUUAUAAGUUCGUUGAAGGAAAUUGUGUUUUGGACAGCUGUUCCGCGGAUGGAAAAUGUCCUGGAGGCGCCGAAUGUAUUUCCAUUACCGGUGGAGUUAGUUAUUGCGCAUGUCCCAAGGGUUUUCGGACGCAGCCCGAUGGAAAAUGUGAGGAUAUUGACGAAUGCUCCGAUGGUCGGCAGAUUUGCGGUUACGAUGCAAUCUGUAUGAACACGAUUGGUGGCUACGAAUGCAAGUGCCCGCUAGGGUACUCGGGUGAUCCGUACCAUGGUUUGUGUACGCUAGCUCAGAAACGUUGUUCGGCUGAUAAAGAAUGCGGUGCUAAUGAAAAAUGCGUUCAACCUGGAGAAUGUGUGUGUCCACCACCCUUCUACAUGGAUGCUUAUGAUGGAAACAAGUGUAAAAGUCCAUGUGAAAGAUUUCCAUGCGGAAUCAAUGCACGAUGCACACCGACAGAUCCCCCACAGUGUAUGUGCGAAGUCGGUUACAAAGGCGAUCCACUGACCGGUUGUGUUGAUGAAGACGAAUGCGCAAACACGCCAUGUGCCUACGGAGCACAGUGUGUGAAUCAGAAAGGCGGAUACAAAUGUGUUUGUCCUAGGGGAAUGGUAGGAGAUGCCUAUAAAGGAGGUUGUAUACUGGAAAAUGGUGCAGUUCGAAGUCAAUGUCAACGCAAUCAAGAUUGUGCGGACACGCUAGCCUGCGAACAAGGAACGUGCGUUAGUCCAUGCAGAAGUUUACUGUGUGGCUCCAACGCCUUCUGUGAACCGCAAAAACAUGCAGCUUGGUGUCGCUGUCGGGUUGGUUUCAUUGAAGGUUCCAACGGAGAAUGUGUGUCUCAAUGUACCGGCUAUAUGUGUGGGCAAGGAGCCAUCUGUAUUGUCACCAACAGUGGUCCAACUUGCAAGUGCCCACCAGGAGAAUUGGGUAACCCCUUCCCUGGUGGUUCCUGUGUUACUGACCAGUGCUCUGGAAACCGUCCCUGUAUUGAACCGCAAGUGUGUAUCAGCGGGCGUUGCAAGCACAAAUGCGACGGAGUAGUUUGCGGAAUUGGAGCUACCUGUGAUAGCGCCUCAGGAAAAUGCGUUUGUGAACCAUUCUUUGUCGGAAAUCCAGAAAUGCUCUGUAUGCCACCCAUAACAACGCCAAUUUGUGAACCUGAUUGUGGACAAAAUGCUCACUGCGAAUACGGUGUGGUGCAAAACAGUUGUCAGUGUAAUCCAGGCACUAGCGGAAAUCCGUAUGGAAUAUGUGAAAUCCAACAAAAAAUUAGGUGCAGCUCUACGACUUGUGGCAAAAACGCUCAGUGCCGUGAGGCAUUAAGCGGUGUCGAGUGUCUUUGUCCUCAUGGAUUCCUUGGUAAUCCGUAUGUAGAAUGUAAGGAUAUUGAUGAAUGUUCCACAAGCAACGUUUGCGGAGAAGGUGCUAUCUGUAUUAAUACUGCCGGAAGUUUUGACUGCCGCUGUAAACCAGGUUAUGCUGGUAAUCCAUUUACGAUGUGCUCACCAGUUGAGAACAGUGUUUGUGACAAUCCAAGGCGCUGUCAAUGUGGAAAAAAAGUGCAGUGCCCACCAGGCUACACAUGCGAUAGGGGACUUUGCAAAGAUCAGUGCGCAAACGUGAAGUGCGGACCUAGAGCAGCUUGUGAUUCAGGAAAAUGCGUUUGCCCACCUGGCUAUACGGGUAAUCCCAGAGAUCUUCAAAGUGGAUGUAUUCAAGAGGGUCAGUGUGACAACGAUGCAAACUGCAAGAACAAGGAAAUUUGUUUCCAAUUUGGCAAAAAUGUACGAAAAUGCGUAGAUGCCUGCAGUAAACUGCAAUGCGGUCCAAAUGCUUUAUGCGUUUCGAAUGACCAUCGCUCUACUUGUAUAUGUGCCAAUGGAUAUUACGGCACUCCAGGCGAUCUAACCCUUGGUUGUCAAAAGGAAGCGAAGAUCGUCCAAGGAUGUUCCGGAAAUUCAGAUUGCGUCGAUGGUAAAAUAUGUGCUCUAACCGAAACAGGUCUACGUCAAUGCGUUAAUCCAUGUAAUGUUGUGGAAUGUGGCAACAACGAAAUUUGUCAACCCGAUGAACACAAAAAUCCAAUUUGUCGCUGUCAGGAAGGUUUUCUAUGGAACCCAGCAAUGUCGGUUUGUGAGAAACCCUCAAUUCCAGAUUGUACCAAAGAUGACGACUGUCAUCAAGUGGCCGCUUGUCGCCAGGAUGCGCUGGGAAUUCUCAAAUGUACACCUGUGUGUGCUGAGUUUACUUGUCCACCAAAUUCGGUUUGUGUUUCUUCAAAUCAUCGAGGAAGCUGUCAGUGCCUACCAGGCUACACCGGAAAUCCCAACGACAGAAACGGAUGUCGUCCGGAAAUGCAAGACAAAUGUUUAACGAGUGCAGAAUGUUCAGAAUCCGACAUGUGCGUAAAAUAUAAGGGUGCACUAGCAUGCAGACCAGCUUGCGAUGACAUUCAGUGUGGACCACAUGCUAUUUGUAUCACCAAUAACCACAAUGCCCAAUGCCAAUGUCCACCUGGAUCCUAUGCAGGUGACCCGUACGAUUUAGUAAAAGGAUGUCAGUCGGUGCCUUGCGUUUAUAAUAACGAUUGCCCGCCAACGCAAAUGUGUAACCGUCAAUCGCACACAUGCUAUGACAUAUGUAACGAAGAUACGUGCGGAGAGAAUGCAGUCUGUAUUGCCGAAAAUCAUCGCUCUAUUUGUCAAUGUCCCCCGGGCUAUAGAGCAAACCCGAUUGCCGAAGUUGGUUGUACUCCACUCAGGUCCUGCGAUCCAAAUCCAUGCCAUUCAUCAGCAAUAUGUGAAUCAGGUCCAGAUGGGCACAUUUGCAAGUGCCCGCUAGGUCAGGUGGGAGACCCCAUGAUAGGAUGUCGCCCAGAAGGAGCCUGCCCGAAUGGUGAUUUACAGUGUCCAGAAAAUGCUGCUUGUGUCAAUGGGAAAUGUGUUGAUAUAUGUGCAAAUGCAUGUGGAAGUAACACAAAAUGCACUGUGGUAAAUCGAACCCCCGUCUGCGAAUGUAGAGCAAAAUAUGUGCCUGGAUUGACUGGAUCAGCACGUGACGGAUGCUUGCGAUUGGUUAGUGAAUGCAUCAGUGAUUUAGAUUGUGGAGGUGACGUCUGUCAAAAUGGACAAUGCAUGGCGGUAUGUCGAAAUUCGAAGGACUGUUCCGAAGGAGAACGUUGCCUCAACAGUGUUUGCGUUCAACCUUGCUCAAGUCACAACCAAUGUAGUGAAGGUCAAGCUUGCAUUUCUGGUAGCUGCCUGCUGGGAUGUCGAAGUAACAAGGAUUGCGACAGUUCAAAAGCUUGUAUCAACAAUAAAUGCCGAGAUCCUUGUGACGAUCAAGGAACUUGCGGUCCCAACUCAAUUUGUAGUUGCCUCAACCAUAUACCAAGUUGUAAAUGUCCCCCUGGUUUCGAGGGUAAUCCUAAUCCAGAGCAGGGUUGUGUAAGAAUGCCGUCGUCUUGUAUGAGCUCAACAGAGUGUGCCCCAGGACAUAUGUGUAUUGCAAAUCAAUGCAGUCUCCCUUGCUCGGAGACCACAUCUUGCGCAAUUGGAGAAAGAUGUUAUAAUAAUGUGUGCUCCAAGGUUUGUUACACUAAUAAUAACUGUUUACCAGGUGAAGUAUGCAACGAAGCUGGAACAUGCCAACCAGGGUGUAGUACGGAUGCUGAUUGUCCAUCCCAAAAGGUCUGUUUAGCCAGCAAGUGUAAAUGCAUGAAAGGUUACAUUGGUACACCACUUGGGUGUGCGGAUAUAGACGAAUGCACGGACAGCCCCUGUCACCCGACUGCAUCAUGUGAAAACAUUCCGGGUUCGUACCGAUGUUUCUGUUCCGAGGGCACUGUUGGAGAUGCAUAUUCAAAUCCGGGCUGCCGCCUGCCGGUACAAUGCUACAAAAAUAGUGAUUGUGCGGAAAACUUGGCUUGCGAUAAUGGUAAAUGUAUAGACCCUUGUCAAUUGACGAAAUGUGGACCAAAUGCCGAAUGUCAUACCAUUGAUCAUGCAGCUGAAUGCCAGUGUCCUUCGGGUCACUUAGGCGAUGCUCGUGAUAUCACAGUUGGUUGCUUCCGAGUCGAGUGCUUGAUCAACGAUGAUUGCUCGCAGGAUAGACACUGCCAAAAGGAAACUAACAGAUGUAUCAAUCCGUGCGAUAAGAUAAACUGUGGCAAGGGAACUUGUCAAGUUGUCAAUCACGAAGCCAUUUGCACGUGUUUCCAAGGCUACGAGUCGGUAAGCGGACGUUGCGAAGACAUAGAUGAAUGCCAAGCCAAUCCUUGUCAUGCUACCGCUCGGUGUCAGAAUUCACCAGGAACCUAUUCUUGCACCUGCCCGGAUGGCCUAGUCGGUGACCCAGUGAACACUGGAUGCAGGUCGCCCGAUGAAUGCAUAACGAAUUCGGACUGCCCAACGACGGCAGUUUGCGAAGCUUCACGGUGUAAGAAUCCUUGUAGUAUCGAAGAUGUCUGCGGCAAAAAUUCAAUCUGUUCUGCAGUUGGACAUGCAGCUGUAUGUGAAUGUCCAGCAAACACUCGUGGAGAUCCCAAAGUCAACUGCCAAAAAGUAGAAUGUUCAGAAAAUAACGACUGUUCGGUCGAUCAAACAUGUAUUAAUUACAAAUGUGUUAAUCCUUGCUCAUUAACAAACGCCUGCGGUCAGAAUGCAAACUGUGCAUCAGAGAACCAUCUAGCUAUCUGCUCGUGUCAACCAGGAAUGACAGGAAAUCCACUGCUAGGAUGUGUGCCUUUACAAUACUGCAACAGCGAUCUGCAGUGUCCCUCAGGAACCAAAUGUAAUGCAGGAGUUUGUUGUACUCUCUGCUCCAGUGGCAGAGAUUGCAUCAGCGAUCAGUUGUGCAUUCAUGGAGUUUGUCAACCGACCUGCCAAUCAAAUUCAAGCUGCCCCGAUUUUCAGUUUUGUCAAAACAAUAUUUGCACACAGGAAUUUAAAUGUCGCUCCAAUGGAGACUGUGACCCUGAUGAAACGUGCAUCGUUGAUGCCACAGGACGAUCGGAAUGUAUCAAUGCAUGUUCUGGACGUGUGCUUUGCGGAAGAAAUGCCGAAUGCUCAGCUAGAGAUCAUUCGGCAGUUUGCGACUGCAAACCUGGUUUUUAUCAAGACAACGGUGGAACAUGUAGGAAAAUUGAAUGUAAUAGUGAUGAUGAAUGUUCUAGCGAUAAAACCUGUGAAAACCAUGCGUGUAAAAUUGUCUGUCUAAUUGGUCAACCAUGUGGUGCUAACGCCCUGUGUUCGGCAGAAAAUCACCGACAAGUCUGCUACUGUCAACCUGGAUUCACUGGCGAUCCGACAACGGGAUGUAAUUUGAUAGAUUACUGCAAAGAAUCUCCAUGUGGACCGAAUGCAAAAUGCAGAAAUAGUCGCGGAUCGUAUCGAUGCUCUUGUCUUUCCGGUUCAGUCGGUGACCCAUACGGAAACGGUUGUAAGAAAGCAGCUGAAUGUGAAUCAAAUUCCGACUGCCCGGUAGCGGCUGUUUGCGAUAAGACAAACGCGGAUCCAAAAUGCCGAGAUGCGUGCGAAUUGGAAAGUUGCGGUCCUAAUGCGGAAUGCCAGUCUAGAAACCAUAAUGCCAAAUGCGUUUGUCGAAACGGUUAUGAAGGGGACCCGGCUGAUCGAUUCAGUGGCUGUAGACCGAUACCUGUAGCGUGCAAGUUUAACAUCGACUGUCCAGAAAACUCUUACUGUUCCGAUCAAGUUUGUAAACCGGCUUGCACUGCAACCGAAGAGUGCAACAAGGAUGAGAUCUGCGCCAACGGACAAUGCAUCAAUCCUUGCCACGAGCCGAACGCUUGCGGAAUGAAUGCCGAAUGUGUAAUGGCGGAUCAUUUCAAGCAAUGCUCGUGUCCGGCUGGAUUCACCGGAGAUUCAGCGCUUGAAUGUGUUAGAAUACCAACCUUAUGCACUUCUAAUGCUGAUUGCGGCGAAGGAACGGCUUGCCACAAUUCAAUGUGUUUGCCUCGCUGCGGAACUGAUCAAGAUUGUGCUCUGAACGAAAAAUGUGUAGGAAAUAAAUGCAUGCUGACUUGUCGACUAGACAACGACUGCUUCCUUGGGCACAUUUGUCUCAACGGGCGCUGCGUGUACGGUUGUCAUUCUGAUGAUGACUGUAGUGCUAGCGAGACAUGUCGAGCCAACCAUUGCACGGAUCCUUGUCAGGACAAUCCAUGUGGACCUAAUGCAGCUUGUACAGUGGUUAACCAUCGUGCCAGCUGUUCUUGUAUCAAUGGUAUGGUGCCAAGCCCGACAGCAAAGAUUGGUUGUAUUCGAGCGCCAGCCCUGCAGUGCACUAUUAAUAGAGACUGUCCUGAGGGAACACAAUGUAUCGAUAAUCUGUGCCGAUCUAUCUGCGCCAACGAUCAAGGAUGCUUGAAUAACGAACGAUGCGAUCGGGGAACCUGCAAACCUAUUUGUAGACGAGAUGAUGACUGUCGGACGGGAGAACUUUGCCAAGGUCAAACAUGCGUAAUCGGAUGUAGAUCAGAUGCUGGCUGCGCUCCUCAGUUGGCAUGUGUUGCUCAACAGUGUAUUGAUCCGUGCGUUGAGCCUACAGCCUGCGGAACAAAUGCUCGUUGCACAGUGGUGAAUCAUCAAAAGCAGUGUUCUUGUCCACCUCCACUUAACGGAGAUCCUCUUACCGGGUGUCGUGCAGAGCAAAGGUCUUGUCAAACAAGAACCGAUUGCCCAAAAGGACAAGCGUGCUAUGGUAAUACUUGUAUGGCAUCUUGUCGAAAUGAUCAAAACUGUUUGACCGACGAACGAUGUAUUCGCGGAACAUGCCGAACUGUGUGUAAUAGUGACGCCUCCUGUGGUAAUGGUUUGAUUUGUGAAAACCGAGUUUGCCAAGCGGGCUGCCGAACUGAUAACAACUGUUUGAGCAAUCAAGCUUGUAUCAAUAAACAGUGUACAGACCCCUGCACGGUGCUUGGUCAAUGCGGCACGUGUUCUGAAUGUACGGUUAUAAACCAUGGAGUUCAAUGUAGUUGUCCGAAUGGAUACCUUGGAAACCCGCUGGUUUCCUGUUCGCCACCUCCUCAAAAAUGUAAUUCCUAUUGCUAUUGCGACGAAGAAGGUGUAUUCUGCGCAGACAAAUGUCGCCAGGCUAAAGAUUGUUCCUGCGGACAAACAUGUUACCGGGGACGUUGUCGCACUAAAUGUAACCCAGGAACUUGUCCACCAGGGCAGCUGUGUCAAAAUGGUGCGUGUGUGGCGGGCUGCCGAUCGAACACAGACUGCGCUGGCGAACGAUCUUGUAUCAAUAGAAAAUGUGUCGAUCCAUGCGCCGUCGAAAAAGCAUGCGGAAAGAAUGCAAUGUGUCAAGCGGCCGACCACCAAGCUUUUUGCUUAUGUCCUGACGGAUUUCAAGGGGAUCCGCGUGUACGAUGUGUUCAGUAUGAGUGUCAAACUAACGACGACUGUGAACUGGAUAAACGAUGUACUGAUGGCAAAUGUAUCAACCCUUGUUUGGAACAGAAUGCCUGUGGUCUGAAUGCCCAGUGUCGUGUUGUAAACCGACAGGCUCAAUGCUCAUGUACUCCUGGAUUUUUCGGUAAUGCACGGCAGGAAUGCCAACCGGUCGAGAAACACAGCUGUUCGCAAAAUCCAUGCGGAGAAAAUACCAUUUGUCGUGAGGACAACAACGGUUACGAAUGUACUUGUCAACCAGGCUGUAUGGGAGAUCCGCAAAAGGGAUGCUUAUGUCAGGCCAAACAAACCAAUGAGUGCCACAAGUUUCACUGUGGAAAGCACGCUGUUUGUCGACUUAACUCAUCGGAUAAGCCGGAAUGCUACUGUCCGCCACUCUAUCCUGGAGGGGACCCAUACACAGAAUGCACGACCGAACGAACGGUUUCCGAUUGUCGAACGACUGGAUGCACCGAAGGUGAAUGUGUGCGUGAUGGUACACAAUUUAUCUGCCGCAACGACGAAUCCUGCGCAAACGAUAUGCAAUGUCCGAAUGAAAAGGCCUGCAUUGGAGGAAAAUGUUCUGAUCCUUGCUCGCUACGGGGAGCAUGUGGAGAUAAUGCCCUGUGUCAAACGGUUCUCCAUCGACCACGAUGCGCCUGUCCCAGUUGCUACAUAGGCAGUCCGAAUGUAGAAUGCAAACCCGAUCCAAAGUGUCAAGAAGUGAGCACACAGAAACCAAGCGAUCCGAAGAUCGUUUCGAUAGCAUGCGAAACAGAUGGCGACUGUGACGAGUCACUAAGAUGCGAUGCAGGAGGUCAGUGUAGCGAUCCUUGUACAAUCCCUACCGUGUUUGUAUGCGACUCAAAUAAGAAGUGUAUUUCUCGUAAGCAUCGUCCCGUUUGUGUCUGCAAACAUGGGUUCAUCGUAAACGACUACGGAGAACUGAUUUGUGCUUCCGAGAAACGCGAAUGCCAUGGCGAUGAUGGAUGUGCCUCAAAUAUGGCCUGUAUCGAUGGUAAAUGUUUGAACCCUUGCAUGCCAACGGCUUCAAGGGGUCCUGCCUGCUCGGACGACAAAGCAUGCCUUGUUCUAGACCACAAACCCUCCUGCAUCUGUAUGAAAGACUGCAGUCCUUCUCUCUCCAUUUGCCUUCGGGACAGCGGUUGCCCGGCAGAUCUGGCCUGCCGUAACUAUCAGUGUGUAAAUCCUUGCGAAACUACUCAUUGUGCAGAUGAUACACCAUGCUUUGUCGAAGACCAUAAACCAAUAUGUAAAUUCUGCCCACCCGGAUUCGUGAAAGAUGCUCAUCAAGGAUGUUUGAAAGAAAUCGGAUGUAGGCACAACGAUGAAUGUCCUGCGGAGCGGUCGUGCAUCAAUGGUGCGUGUAUUGAUCCGUGUCACGCUGGAAAUCUAUGUGAUGCGGGACAGGAAUGCGAGGUUCAAAACCAUGAACCCGUCUGUAUCAAGCUCUGCCAGUGCCAAAAAUCGAGUGACUGUCAGUCCGGACUGCAUUGUGAUGGAUGCAACUGCAUACAAGAAGACGUCGAAGACAGAGGCCCGAUGUGCAGGCACUGUCCACCGGGUAUUCCUUGUAAUCCCAUUACUGGUGCCUGCGUCAAAGUCUUAGAUUAUACUACCACAUCAACGAUAUCUGAUGUACAUAGCACACACACGACAGAUUAUAUACCGCACACAAGCGAGCAAAUAACAACUAACUAUGUAACCAAGCAGCUAAAAACCACAACUGAGCAGUACGAAAUGUCUUCAAUCCCGAGCACAGUUGUUAGUGAAUCCUCUCAGAAACCGUCGUAUUCCUCUGUAGAAAUAGGAACCGAUUCUUCUACAGCGGCAUCACCGAGGGAAAGCACUGACACAGUGGAAACAACAGAGACUUUGAUUUCCACUACACUUGAACCCGUUACAUACACUGGCGUUUAUCGACCAAUAACCGUGACUUACCCUGACUCAGACAAUUUACAGCAUACAACUGGUGUUUAUAUUACGACCGAUAAAUUCCCACUGACAGUAGAAAAAACUACCACUCAGCAAGACUCCGAAAAGAUGACAACUAAGAUUAUUGAACACGAAAGUACAACCAUUACGAUUAAUACCACAGCCGAACAAGACACAAAAUAUACCAUAAGUGACCAAAAUGGUACAGUUCUAGUUGACAGUACCAUCGAAACUUUAGGUCCCCAGAAAGAUGUUUCUUCCGAAUCAAGUUAUAGAGACAGAAAUACUGAAGCAACCGUAGUUGUGUCCACAGCUAGUGAAGCUAGUACACUGCAUUUAGGCAUACAAGAAAUCGAAACGGAGAAAGCGUCUACAGAAGAGCCCAUUUCAACCGAAUCGAAGCCUCUUAAUAGAGAAACUUUCUCUACAACAGGAACAACUAGUAAAGAAGAAAGUACACCUACAAUACAAUACAUUACUCAAGCUGCAGAUCUAGAAAGAACAACCAAACAACCAACCGAACAAACUGAAAUUACAACACCGUCGACAUUACAACAGAUGACUCCUGCUGUUCAAAACGAAACGUUAGAACAAGUUUCAACCACAAUUAAAUCAACCGAUACAUCUCAAACGAAAUACAUGUCUACUUUAGGAGAAGACACAAGCACACAGUAUUCGAAACACUCAACCGAUACGACAAUUGCUGUGGAUACAGCAACUGAAAGUUUUAAAAUAACCAGCCCGAGUAAUUUAGCUCCUGCGAGUACAUUAGAACCGGAAACUUCAAGUGCAAAUCAAGACGACAUCUUGGAAACUACUACCGGAGAAUUGAAUACCGAAGAGGUGACAAUGUCUACUGAGUUCGGCAUACCUAAAGAAAGAACAAGCACAUUAGAAUAUAUCGAAAAAACAGAUGGUACAAUCGGAUUAACGGGUGAAAUGAAAAUGGAGACGACUACGAUUUUACGCACAUCUACGAAAAGUGCUACUCAAACGCAAACAGAUCAAACAAGGGAUAACACUGGCUACGAAACAACUCCAGGAAUGGAAACAACUCUGUCACAUACAGAUAAAAUGGUAGAGGUUAGCUCAGAUUUCAGCAAAUAUCUCACUACUGCUGAAUAUGAAAGUUCACCGAUCACGUCCUUAAAUCAAAACACCGGAUCAACUGGAGAUACGGGACACGAUUCUACAAAAAUGGAGCAUACCGUAAGUCCCACUGUGGAAUAUACUACUAAACAGCAAGCUGAAAGUAUGAGGACAACAUAUGUAACAAAAUCUGCCGGAACAGUUGGAACAUAUAUAAUUCAAACAUAUAAUACGAAUCAAGCCGAAACUGUAGAAACUUCUACAAUCCAAUUAAGCACUGAACCAACUGAGAAAGCAUUCGAUGAAAAUUCUUUGCAAAAAGAAACAACGACUAGUAAGUAUAGUGAUGUUCAUGAAAUGGGAAGCACUUUGCAAGGGAUUAAAACAACAGAAGUGCCCAGCGCAAUCUUUACGGAAUACAUAACCGCCCAGAGAACUACUGUGGACAUUUCCACAAUGAAAGCAAUGUCUACAACGGCAUCUCCAGUUGAGCUCUCAUCAAACAUCGAAGGAAUGACAAGCACAGAAAAACAUUACACUUCAAGUGAAAUGGCUACAGAACCUAAUUCACAAUACUCAACGGAGGAAAAACCCAAAUCUAAUCAAACAAAUAUUCAAACCACCACCGAAUCAACACGAGAAACAACAUCCAUGGAGUCUACUAUCAUUUCUGAUGAAUUAACUACGGCAAAGGUACCCGAACAAAUGGAUGAACAGUCGACGAAACAUAUCGUAGAAGUUUCUACCCAGCAACAAAUGAAGACAACAGAAAUUUCAACUCAAGCUGAGACCCUAAAAACUAUAAUCCCAAUAACGUACUUUCCGGAAACUGAUACAAGUUCAAUUAAAACAACCGCUAGAACAUCGUUUGACACUGAACAAACAUCAACAACUACUGCUGGGUACGAUGUAACCAAGCAGUUAAAAACCACAACAGCAGGUAAUGAAACACUGGAAAAUGACAUAACGAGGGAACCUUCAGUUAACGAGAGUACGGAGAUGUUAACAUCAAAAGAAGCUGGCACAUCUCCCAUUCCGGAAGUAGAAGAAGAGAAAACAAUUACUAGUACUACUGAAGAAGUUUCAUAUAGUACGAGCCCAUCUGGUAGUGUCGAAGAUAUCGAAACCACAUCAAGUGGUGCAGAGUUUUCUGUGACAAGCACAAUCGAGACUGUAAAAAGAACCACAACCGAGGCUAAAAAUAUUGAAGGUACCACAAUACCUGACAGUUCUGAGUUCAACACGGAACACGCAACUGAAUCACGAACCACACAAGCUGUUCAGUACAGUAAAGGUACACAAGAAGCGUCAGAAAAAUCUAUUACAGACGACGCAACGACUAGCGGUACAACUUUAACUGGUACAUUUUACUCACCUGAAAUGCAAACAACCAGCAAGCCAGUCGUAGAAACCACCAUUCCUGAAGAAAGAACUACAUCUCACGCUUACCAACAAAUGAAUGACACUAAGAAACCCUUUGUAGAAGUUUCUACUGAGCAACAAGCGGCGAUGACAACGGCAGGUGCGGUACAAACAACCUUAACUCAAGCUGAGACUGUGAGAACUACAAUUACAAUACCGCAGAUUUCGGUUGAACACAUGACAACAACAGAAAUCACAACUUUAGAUAUGCGAACAGCCCCCGAAACAACAAAAGAAACAGUGUCUUUUAAGUCUACUACCAUUUCUGAAGAAAGAACUGCAGCACAGGAAUAUGUACAAAUGGAUAACUCCACAGAAACUAUGGCAGAAGUUUUUGAACCAACAAGAGAAACUACUACUAUUUCUGAAGAAACAACUACAGCCCAUGAUUACAAACAAAUGGAUGAAACCACAAAACCAAUUCCAGAAUACUCUACCGAGGAACAAGCGAUGAUAACAACAGCGGGCACUAUACAAACAACUCAAGCUGAGUCAUCGAGGACUACAUCAGCAUAUAUUUCUUCGACUGACAGUAGUUUAAGUGAAAUUGCUACGACACAAUCAAACACUGAACAACCAUCAACUACAGGUCAGUAUGAUAGACUAAAACAAGUUGGAAGUACAACACCAGGUAUUGAAAUACUAGAAAGUGUCACAACGAGGAGAUUUCCAGCUGACGAAAGCACUGUAGCAAUCACAACGGAAGAGACUGUAACUCUUUCAAGCACUUCUCGUAUUCCGGAAGCAGAAGAAGAAGAUGGAUCCAUUACUACCACUAUUAAAUCUCUUGUAGAUGGGACAAAACCAUCUGGUGAUAUCGAAAUCGCCGAAUCCACAAAAACCACACCGAGUGGUGCGCAAGAGAAAACUACAACCGAAACUGGUAUUCCAACUGAACAUCAUGAAGGUACUACAAUAGUAGAGGUAUCUGAGUUUGGUGUAGAAAACGUAACUGAGUCACGUACUUCGCAAGCAAUUCAAUACGGUACAGAUACACAAGAAACUACAACAAUAGGUACUCUAGAAAAUACAACUGACCACACAAUAUCAACGGAAAGUAUACCUUUAGAUAUGCGAACUACAACCGAACCAAUUGGAAAAACAGUGUCUAUUGAGUCUACUACUAUUUCUAAAGAAAGAACUACAGCACAGGAUUAUGUACAAAUGGAUACCUCCACGAAUCUUGCUGUAGAAGUUUCUGAGCUAUCUGGAGAAACAGUGUCUAUUGAGUCUACAGGUACAUCUGAAGAAAGAACUACCUCCCUUGAAUACCAACAAAUGGAUGAAACUACGGAACAUAUUACAGAAGGUUCUACCGAGAAACAAGCGGAAAUAACAACAUCGGGCAGUAUACGAACAACUCAAGUUGAGACAUCGAGGACUACAUCGUCAUAUGUUGCACCGACUGAUACCAGUCUAAGCGAAACUGCUGCAACACGGUUAAUCACCGAACGGCCAUCAACUACUGCAAAAUAUGAUACGCCAAUACAAGUUGGAAGCACUACACCAAGUAUUGAAACACUAGGAGGUGUCACUACGGGGAGAUUUUCAGCUGAUGAAAGUACUGAGUCAUCAACCACACAGCAUGAUGUAACUCUUUCAAGUACAGCUCAUAUUCUGGAAACAGGAGAAGAGGGAUCAAGUACUGUUGAAUCUGUCGCAGGUAGUACAAACCCACCUAGUGGCAGCGAAAUCACCGAAACCACAAGAACCACACCGAGUGGCGCAGGAUUCACAACGGAAACUCAAGAGAAAACUACAACCGAGACUGGUGUUCCAACUGAAAAUCAUGAAAGUACUACAAUGCUAGACGUAUCUAAGUUAAGCGUAGAAAACGCAACUGAAUCGCGUACUUCGCAAGCUAUUCAAUACAGUACGAAUACACAAGAAACUACAGUAAUCGAUAGCCUAGAACUUACAACUGACCACACAAUGAGGACGGAAAGUACAACUUUAGAUAUACGAUCAACCGUCGAACCAAUGAGAAAAACAGUGUCUAUUGAGUCUACUACCGUUCCUGAAGAGAGAACUACCACACAGGUUUAUGAAUAUAUGGAUAACUUUACAAGAACUGGUGUAGAAGUUUCUGAACCAACUGCAGAAACAGUGUCUGUUGAGUCUACAGCUACAUCCGAAGAAAGAACUACAGCACCGGAUUAUAAGCAAAUGACUGUCACACUAUCUAAUCCAGAUUUUACCGAGAAACAAGCGGAAAUAGCAACAAUGGGCAGUAUUCAAACAACUCAAGCGGUGACAUCGAGGACUACAUCGUCAUAUCCACCGACUGAUGCUAAUUUAAGUGAAACUGCUACAACACGAUUAAACACUGAACGACCAUCAUCUACUGCUAGGUAUGAUACACCAGAAAAGGUUGAAAGCACAACACCAGGUAUUGAAACACUAGAAAGUGUUACUACAAGAAGUUUUACAGGUGAUGAAAGCACUGUAGCAAUCACAACGGAAGAGGCUGUAACUCUUUCAAGCACAUCUCGUAUUCCGGAAGCAGAAGAAGAAUCAAUUACUACCACUAUUAAAUCUCUUAUAGACGAUACGAAACCAUCCGAUGGUGUCGAAAUCACCGAAUCCACAGGAACCACACCGACUGGUGCAAUAUUCACAAUGGAAACUCAAGAAAAAACUACAACCGAGACUGGUAUUCCAACUGGAAAUCGAGAAGAUACCACAAUACUAGACGUAUCUGAGUUUAGUGUAGAAAACGCAACUGAACCUCGUACUUCGCAAACCAUUCAAUACAGUACAGAAACACAAGAAACUACCGUAAUAGGUAGCCUAGAACAUACAACUGACCACACAAUAACAACUGAAAGUACAGCUUUAGAUAUGCGAACAACGACCGAGCCAGUUAGAAAAACUGUAUUCGUUGACUAUACUACAACUUCUGAAGAAAUAACUACAGCCCAUGAUUACAAACAAAUAAAUAAAACUAUGGAACCUGUUCUAGAAAGUUCUACCAAGAAACAAGUGGAGAUAACAACAGCGGACAGUAUACGAACAACUCAAGUUGAGACAUCGAGGACUACAUCGCCGUAUGUUCCGUCGACUGAUACUAGUUUAGGUGAAACUGCUACAACAGGAUUAAAUACUGAGCGAGCAUCAACUACUGCUCAGUAUGAUUUGCCAGAACAAGUAGGAAGCACAACACCAGGUAUUGAAAUACUAGAUAGCGUCACUACGGGAAGAUUUACUGUUGAUGAAAGUACUAUAGCAAUCACAACAGGAGAGGUUGUAACUCUUUCAAGCACAUCUCGUAUUCCGGAAGCAGAAGAAGAAUCAAUUAGUACCACUAUUAAAUCUCUUGUAGACGAUACGAAACCAUCCGAUGGUGUCGAAAUCACCGAAUCAACAAGAACCACACCGAGUGAUUCAGGAUUCGCAAUCGAAACUCAAGAGAAAACUUCAACCGAGAGUGGUGUUCCAACUGAACAUCAUGAAGGUACUACAAUAUUGAACGUAUCUGAAUUUAGUGUAGAAAACGCAACUGAAUCACGUACUUCGCAAGCCAUUCAAUACGGUACAGAAACACAAGAAACUACCGUAAUAGGUAGCCUAGAACAUACAACUGACCACACAAUAAGAACUGAAAGUACAGCUUUAGAUAUGCGAACAACAACCGAACCGGUUAGAAAAACAAUAUCAUUUGAGUCUACUACCAUUUCUGAAGAGAGAACCACCGCACAGGAUUAUGAACAAAUGGAUAACUUCACAAAUACUGCUGUAGAAGUUUCUGAACCAACUGCAGAAACAGUGUCUAUUGAGUCUACAGCUACAUCUGAAGAAAUAACUACAGCCCAUGAUUACAAACAAAUGGAUAAAACUACGGAACCUGUUCCAGAAGGCUCUACUUGGAAACACGCAGAGAUAACAACAGCCAGUAAACAAACAACUCAAGCAGAGAUAUCGAAGACUACAUCGUCAUAUGUUCCACCAGCUGAUACCAGUGUUAGUGAAACUCCUACAACAGGAUUGAACACUGAGCGGCCAUUGACUACUGCUGAGUAUGAUACGCCAAAACAAGCCGGAAGCACAAGUCUAGGGAUUGAAAUACUAGAAAGAGCCACUACGGGGAGAUUGCCAAUUGAUGAAAGUACUGAGUCAUCAACCACACAGGAAGCUGGAGCUCUUUCAAGUACAUCUCAUACUUCGGAAGCAGAAGAAGAGAGAUCAAGUACCGUUGAAUCUGUCGCAGAUAGUACAAGCCAAUCUAGUGGCAUCGACAUAACCGAAUCCGCAGAAACCACUCCGAGUUACGCUGGCCUCACAAUCCAGACCAUUGAGAAACGACCUCUUAUAGAAGGUUCCACCGAAAAACAAGCAGAGCUAACAACACCGGGUAGUAUACAAACAAGUCUAACUGAGACUGAACGACCAUCAACUACUGCUGAGUAUGAUACGCCAAAACAAGUUGAAAACACAACACCAGUGGAAGAACCACUGGAAAGGGUAACACCGAAAACGUUUACUGCCGAUGAGACAUUAACAACAAAAGAAGCUGCUACUCUGUCAAGCUCAUCUCUUAUCCCAGAAACAAUCACUAAAACUACUGAAUUUACUCCAGAUAGUACAAGCCCAUUUGAUGACCUGCAAACCUCCCAAUCUGAAAGUACUACCUCGAAUGAUGAACAAUUUUCAACGAUUAGCAUAAUUGAAACUUCAGAGCAAACAACUGUUUCUUCAAUUGGCACCCCAAAAACUAGUAUUUUAACUAAAAAUCAUGAAAGCAGCACAAUACUACAGGAAUCUGAGUCAAGUGUGGAAGACACAACUAAAUCGGAUACGUCAACAACUGUUCAGUACAGUACGGAUGCUCCGGAAACGGCAGCAACAGAUAGUCUAAAGUUUACAACUGAUCACAGUACAAUAACAGAAAAUGUAGCUGAUAGAACGUCAGUAGUCUAUAGCCAAACAGUUGAACAUAUUACAGACAACGCAACUACAAGCGAUACUACUUUUACUAGUACUUCAUUUACAUCGGAUUUGCGGACAACUACUGAAUCAACAAAAGAAACUGCAUCCGAGGAAGAAACGGAAAUUGCAACCGCUGGGAUCCUGAGAACUACAAUCGUAGCACCGCAUGUUCCGACAACUGAUUCUACUUCAGGUGAAACAACUGCCACACGAUUUUAUACUAAAAAAAUAACAACUACUACUGAUCAAGAUAUACCAACAGAAAUUGAUAGCUCAGUACCCACUAUUGAAACAUUGGGAAGUGUAACUACUAAGAAACUUCCAGUUGAAAACAACACUGAGUUAGUAACAACAGAAGGUGCUCCAACAAGCACAUCGCGAUUACCGGAAUCAACAGGAACUACUGAAUCCAUUGCAGUUAGUACCAGCCCAUCUGGAGGUAUCCAAACUGCCGAAUCCGUAAGAACCACCACGCACAAAGGUUUUCAAGAAACGACGAUUGCGGUUAGCCCAGACCAUACAACUAAAAUGCAUUUUGUAGAGGAGACGGAAAUUACUAGCACUUCCAGUGAAUCGACAACGCUUUCACCGCGGCAAGAUUAUACUUCCUCCGAUGAUACUUCCUCCGCAAUGGACAGUACUUCAAUGCCGAGCAUACAAGAAGUUCCAAUAACUGACGACGUAACACAAAGAAGUUCAGAGUUAAGUACAACUGAUAUAAUAGAUGAAACAGAUGACGUCUCAAACAAAUUGUCCACGGAAAAACAUCUUACAAGCUCCCAAAAACCUAUACAAAAAGAAAUAACUACCUUAUCAUCACCUACUACAGAAGCAUCCAGCAAUGAAAUCACAGUUUCGACCAGUCCAAUGGGCGUCGCUUCCACUAUUGCAGAAGAAAAACCUAGUAUUUAUGAUACCGAAACACCUAAGGUCGUUACAGAAACUAUGAGUGAAUUAGUACCGACAACCUCAAUUAGUGCCGCAUUUGACGCUACAACUAUUACAAUCGUCAGUAAGCAUACGGAAACCGCAAAAACUAGCAUUACCUCAAGUGGUGAGACUACUUUAACAAGCACUAUACAAACAACAGCAGAAACGGAUGGAGAGAUUUCUACCGUUACUAUCGAAACCAGGUCAGAUACUGUACCUAGUGAACAAAAGCAGGUAACAAUAAGCUUUCAAACUGAAAGCUCAACUGUUUCCACUGAAGAAACUACCAAAACAAUGCCGUUUACAACGAAAAGAUUCGACGAAAGCGGAGAAACAUCGACUUUCGCUUAUGACGAGAUGGAUGCUAUUACUCCAGUAGAUGCUAGGACAUUUACAGUUGAACCUAUUACUGUAACGGCGUUCCCUGAGAAUUUCUCCACUACUGCUUCCUUUGUUGGAGAUUAUCACAAUGUCUCCGUAAAAAUCACGGCCCCAACCGAGUAUUAUACAGAACCUUUUAGCGAAACCAAAACAAGUGCAUCAACGACAACAUCACCUACACCUGAUAGUUAUACUUCAAUUUCAAAAGAAUAUGUUACUGAUGAAGUUUCCGUGACCACCACAAGUAGCGGAGUUACAACCAAAGAACGUGAAUCAAAGAUUCCAAAAACAAUCACAAUAACUUCUCCUCCAACUACAGUACAUCCAGAAACAGAAUCAGAUUUAACUACUCCUCCGCAAAACAUCUCUUCUCCUACCACCACUAGUAUUUCGCUAGAAAGUUAUUUUACAGAACAUGAAACAACUCAGAUGGCUAGGGACCAACAAGAUACAACUGAAUAUAUGGACAACAUUUCAAGUACGACGACCUACGACGUAGUCACGACAAGAGAAAAACUAGACACUACCACAUUAAUUUACGACACGACACUCAAGAGCAUCAAUGACGCUUUGACUGAGAGCACUCGAUCAACUUUUCCGGAUGAUUCAACGUCUACUCCUACACCGAAUGAGUUAGGCUAUAGGAUAACUACUCUUGUGCCUCCCAGAAACUGCCGAACCUCUGCCGAUUGCGAAAUAUCCGAAAUAUGCAAUAAAACACACUGUAUACCAAUCUGUACAGAUAGUCUAUCUCCCAAUACACCCUGCGCAAAAGAAUCGCCCGGUACACCUAAGAAACCCGAACCCUGUCAAUCCGAUGUGGACUGUAUCGAAACGGAGGUAUGCUAUAUGGGAACAUGCGAGGAUCCCUGCCUGUUCGACAGGGUUUGCGCACCCACAGCAACCUGCCGCGCCAAAAUGCAUCGACCCAUCUGCACCUGUCCCCCUGGACACGAGGGUAACCCGAUGAUCAAGUGUUCACCGGUCAAAGCAAUUGAAUGCACCUCAAAUGAUGAAUGUACCUUACUGGAAGCCUGCAUCGGUAACGUCUGUCAGCGGCCAUGUGACGUGCAAAACCGUUGUGUUUCUAAUGCAGUUUGUAUUAAUAAAAAUCAUGGUUCUGAAUGUAGUUGCGUUGAAGGAUACCACGGAAACGGUUAUGUGUCUUGUCAGCUAGUGACAACACCAGGUUCGGUGUGUCAGUAUAAUGAGGACUGUCCUCCAGACAAAUUGUGUGAUCGAUUAAAUCGGGUCUGUAUAAAUCCUUGCCAAGAGGAUUCGUGUGGAGAUAACGCUGACUGCUUCCCAGUUAACCACGGAAUAGACUGCCGAUGUAGAAACGGAUUUUCCGGCAAUGCAUAUAUACAGUGUGUUCAGUUACAUGGCUGUAAAUCUGAUCGUGAAUGCGACCUUUCGGAAGCUUGCAUCAACGGUCAAUGUAUAUCUCCAUGUCAAUGCGGCCCGUACGCUUUGUGUGAUGUCAAGAAUCACAAAGCAAAUUGCCGAUGUCCUCCAGGUUAUCAGGGUGACGGCCGUGUGGGAUGCAGUCCUCCUAGUAAUCCUUGCGAUCCAAAUCCAUGCGGACUUAAUGCUAUGUGCGAAAUCGACGCGGGCAGUCCAAUCUGCUAUUGUCCGAAAGGGCUAACUGGAAAUCCAUUCAAAAAUUGCAUACCAGAAGGAGAUGAGUGUUCUCCUAAUCCCUGUGGACCUAAUAGUGGUUGUCGGAAAAUAAACAACCAAGCAGCUUGCUUUUGUUUGCCAGAAUUUGAAGGAAACCCACCAGAAGUUCCGUGUAAGCUGCCACAAAAUCCAUGUGAUCCUUCACCAUGUGGCCCAAAUACUCAAUGUGCAAUACUUAGUAAUGGAUACGCCAAAUGUACUUGCCUCAGUGGAUAUAUCGAAAGUCCCAACACAAUUCGUGGUUGCGUGGAGCCUAGGAAUCCAUGUGAUCCUAAUCCAUGUGGAUUUGGAGCUGUUUGCGAUUCCUCCCGGAAACCUGAAUGCUACUGCCCGGAGGGUACAAUUGGAAAUCCGUUCCGCAGCUGUGCAGAACCAAACAUUAUACCUGAACUAUGCAAACCUGGACCUUGCGGUAAAAAUGCAGACUGUUAUACUGUCGGUGGUAGAGAGCAAUGUUACUGUCGUCCAGGACUAAUUGGUGAUGCUUAUAACGAAUGUAACGAGCCUCCAAGAUCCGCAUGUGAGCCGAAUCCUUGCGGUCCUGGAGCUGAAUGCCUAGUACAACCCGAUGGGUCGGCAGUAUGUAGGUGUCCACCUGGACUAAGCGGUGAUCCAUCUGCUGCAGAAGGAUGCCGUGGUUUCGAAUGUCGUACCGACAGUGAAUGUGCUGCAGAUAAAGCCUGCAUUGGAUUCCAAUGUGUCGAUCCAUGCCCUGGUGCUUGCGCCGCAGGAGCCUAUUGCAAAGUAGAAAAACAUCACCCUGUAUGCUUCUGUAAUGCCGGUCUCACUGGGAAUCCAGCAAUUCGAUGCUAUUCGAUUGAAGAACGAAUACCGGAUAACCAGUGUAAUCCUAGUCCCUGCGGUAUUAACACUCAAUGCACGGUAAGAAACAAAAGACCGAUUUGCAAAUGUUUACCAAAUUACAAGGGCGAUCCCAAGAAAGGUUGCCGUGCAGAGUGUGAACUUAACUCCGAUUGCCCAUCCGAUAGAGCUUGUGUGAAUCGACGUUGUGUUCCACCUUGUAAUGGUGCAGUGUGCGGUGUGAACGCAGAGUGCCACGUACAAUAUCACACACCAAUGUGUAAAUGUCCCAAUGGAUUCACUGGAGACUCAUUCGUUCAUUGUGUACCGAUUCCCGAAGAAAGGAACAUGACACGACAACCCUGCCAAUCAUCGCCAUGUGGCCCUCAGGGCAUAUGCUCAGUUUAUGGUGACGAUGUAGCUCUGUGUGAUCCGUGUUCGGCUCCAGACGCUAUACAUAACCCACGAUGUAGACCCAAGUGCGUACUGAAUACUGACUGUCCAUUCAAUUUAGCGUGCCUACAGGGCAAUUGUUUAGACCCCUGUCCGGGAUCUUGUGGCUACAACGCGCAUUGUACAGUUGAACAACAUCGGCCGAUUUGCUCGUGCCCUCCUGGUUUAUACGGCAAUCCAUACGAACGCUGUAUCCAGCAGGAUACGCCCCUGGAAACGUGCGACACUAUCAGGUGCGGAGCAAAUACUGAAUGUAGACGAACAAGCGGGGCACUUGCAUGUGUUUGUAAAAAGAACUACUUUGGCGAUCCCCUGAUCGGUUGUAGACCAGAAUGCGUCAUCAAUACAGAUUGCUCUGUGAACAAGGCGUGUAUCAACAAUCGUUGCCAGGAUCCAUGUGUUGGAGUGUGUGGAGUCAAUGCUUUAUGCAAAGUAGUAAACCAUCUUCCUGUGUGCUAUUGCGCACCCACUCACACGGGAGACGCUCUUAUAGCGUGUACUGAAAAAACGUAUCUUCCUCCAGACAAUACGCCAUGCGAUCCCAAUCCUUGUGGCCCCAAUAGCAAAUGUUUGGCUACGCCUGAGAACUACGCGGUUUGCUCAUGCUUAGCAGGAUUCCGAGGCAUGCCCCCGGCAUGCCAAGCUGAAUGCAUGAUUAAUGCUGAAUGUCCACAAAACAGAGCUUGUGUUAACCUAAAAUGUAUCGAUCCAUGUCCCGGAACAUGUGGUGUUGGAGCGAGAUGUGAAGUGCUAAACCAUAAUCCUAUUUGCAGCUGUGGACCUAACCAGCAAGGCGAUCCGUUUGUGAUAUGCGAAUCCAGAUACAACGAACCCCCACCUGAACCAAAGAAUCCAUGCGACCCAUCUCCAUGCGGCCAAAAUUCAAUAUGCCAAGUGAAACGGAAUCGGCCGGUGUGUUCAUGUCAAGCGAAUUUUAUUGGAAGUCCUCCAUAUUGCCGGCCAGAAUGUGUUAUAAGUUCUGAAUGUCCUCAGGAUAAAGCUUGUAUUAAUGAAAAGUGCAAAAAUCCAUGCGAGAAUGCAUGCGGCUUGAAUGCAGACUGCCAUGUUGUCGCUCAUUCAGCGUUUUGUAAUUGUCGUCCAGGGUAUGAAGGAGAUGCGUUCAUCGGAUGUUCCGAAGUUCCCAAGGAAGUUCGUCAAAAAGACGUUUGUUAUCCGAAUCCUUGCGCCGAUAACGCAGUAUGUACUGAAGUCAACGGGGCUGCAAAGUGCAGCUGUAUUGCACCAUAUUUAGGAGAUCCCUACAACACAGGAUGCCGACCAGAGUGUGUUUUACAUUCAGACUGCCCCAGUCAUUUGGCAUGCGUAAAUCAACAUUGUCGCGAUCCGUGCCCAGGAAAGUGUGGCUCUAACGCUGAGUGUACUGUAGCCAAUCACAUACCAGUAUGUGAGUGCAUACGCGGAUACAUUGGAGAUGCUUUCCGUGGAUGCCGUAAAGAUAUCCCGCAACCCGUGGAACCUAAGGAUCCUUGUGCCCAAUGUCCAUCAAAUAGCGUUUGUCGAAUAGUUCAAGGACGUCCAACAUGUUCGUGUCCAGAAGGGUAUCGCGGUGCACCACCCGCCUGUCGACCGGAAUGCUCCAGCCAUGAAGAAUGUCGACACGAUCAAAGCUGUAUUAACCUAAAAUGCAAGGACCCGUGUCCUGGAUUAUGUGGUAUCAACGCACAGUGUCAAGUUAUCAAUCACAAAGCAUUCUGUAGUUGUCUUCGUGAUUACUAUGGAAAUCCAUUUGAACAGUGUAUGCCGAAAUCAAUCGGACCAUUGCACCCGUGUCAGCCAAGUCCUUGUGGUCCGUAUUCUGAGUGUCGUGAAUUGAAUGAACGCGCUGUGUGUUCCUGUGUGCCAGGAAUGCUCGGUACUCCGCCAAAUUGCCGACCCGAGUGUGAAACCCAUCAAGAUUGCCCUUCAAACCGAGCUUGCUUUAACAAACGUUGCAAGGAUCCCUGCGUUGGAUCUUGUGGAUUCAAUGCGCAGUGUGUGACUCGUGACCAUCGUCCCGAGUGUUACUGCAUAGAAGGCUUUGAGGGUGAUCCGUACAAUGGAUGUAAUCCAAUUGUCAUAUACCGCGAAGAAACGAUCAAUCCCUGCAACCCGUCGCCAUGUGGAUCAAAUACUAUAUGUAAAGAACAUAACGGUGCUGGUUCAUGUAGUUGCAUGCAAAACUAUUAUGGUGAUCCCUAUGUCAGCUGUAGACCAGAAUGCAUUCAAAAUUCAGAUUGUCCGUACGACAAAUCAUGCGUCAAUACUAAAUGUAUUGACCCCUGUAUUGGUACAUGCGGUCUGAAUGCUGAAUGUCGUGUACAUAAUCACGCUCCCGUAUGCACUUGUGUAUCUGGAUUUGUGGGCAAUCCAUCGCUGGCCUGUCAUCUUCUUAUCAUAGAAAAACCUAAAGAUGAACCACUCAAUCCUUGUAUACCUUCACCGUGUGGUCCUUAUAGCAUUUGUAGAGUAGUAAGCAAUCAUGCCGUAUGUGCGUGUCAAGAUAGGUGCAUUGGAGCGCCACCGAACUGUAGACCGGAAUGCAUGCUCAAUUCCGAAUGCUCGAGAGACCAGUCAUGCCUUAAUCAACGUUGUGUAGAUCCAUGCCCAGGCACAUGUGGUCUCAAUGCACGCUGUCGGGUCGUCAAUCACAAUCCCAUAUGUAGCUGCAAUUCUGGAUUUAUUGGUGAUCCCUUCGUAAGAUGUACCCCAGAACCGAAACAACCUAUCGUACUAGAGGAACCCAAAAAUCCCUGUCAGCCGUCUCCUUGUGGCUCAAACGCAGUCUGUCGAGUGCAAAGCAAUCGCCCAGUGUGUUCAUGUGUACCCAAUUACAUCGGACGACCACCAAACUGUCGACCGGAAUGCGUUGUUAAUUCUGAAUGUUCGAUGAGUUUGGCAUGUGUGAAUGAAAAAUGUAUCGAUCCUUGCCAAGGAUCAUGUGGGCCCAAUGCAGAAUGUAAAGUUGUAUCGCACAAGCCAAUGUGCACCUGUUACCCAUCUUUCACGGGCGAUCCCUUCUUUGGUUGUAAUAAGAUACAAAUUAUUCAUGAAGCACCCAUGCCUUGCACGCCGAGUCCCUGUGGUGUAAACGCUGUGUGUAGAGAACAAGCUGGUGCCGGCUCAUGUUCAUGUUUGCCAGAAUAUUUCGGUGAUCCAUAUGUUGGCUGUAGACCGGAAUGUGUAAUGAAUAGCGAUUGUCAAAGGACACGAGCUUGCAUCAAUAGUAAAUGCAUUGAUCCCUGUCCCGGUACUUGUGGUUCCAAUGCUGAAUGUCACGUAGUUAAUCAUUCUCCCACAUGCACCUGCAUCCACGGUUAUAUCGGUAAUCCAUUCACUUCGUGUACUCCGCGACCAGAAAUUGAACAAGAACCAAUCAAUCCAUGCCAGCCAUCGCCUUGUGGACCAAACAGCAUCUGUCGAGUCGGCAACAAUCAUGCUAUCUGUACUUGUAGUCCUAACUUUAUCGGAACUCCUCCAGGUUGCCGACCGGAGUGCGUUGUGAGUUCCGAAUGUCCUCUGGAUAAGGCGUGUGUAGGUCAGAGAUGUAAAGAUCCUUGUCCAGGGACAUGCGGACUUAAUGCACGCUGUCAGGUUGUCAACCAUAACCCGAUAUGUAGUUGUAAAAAUGGAUUCACCGGAGAUCCGUUCACCAGAUGUGUGCCAGAAGACAGAAUCCCCGUCGUUAUUGACGAGCCCAAAUACCCUUGUCAACCCUCACCUUGUGGGCCAAAUUCACAGUGCAAGGAAGCAGGCAACACUGCUGUAUGUUCUUGUCUCCCAAAUUAUAUCGGUCGAGCUCCGAAUUGUCGCCCAGAGUGUACUUCAAGCUCCGAAUGUACAGCUAUGCUAGCCUGCAUAAAUGAGAAAUGUCAAAACCCCUGCCCUGGCUCAUGCGGUUCGUACGCUACUUGCGUUGUGCAGAAUCAUCAACCAAGUUGCAAAUGCUACGAUGGUUAUACCGGCGAUCCUUACACGGCAUGCAUGCCAAUACCAAUUUUGCGAGAGCCUGAAUUGAUAGACCCAUGCAGUCCCUCGCCAUGCGGCGUAAAUGCAAAGUGCAAUGUGCGCAACAAUGCUGGUUCUUGCACGUGUUUGCCGGAUUACUUUGGUGACCCUUACAAUGAGUGUAGACCUGAAUGUAUUUUAAACGCUGAUUGCCCUAAAACCCGAUCAUGUCUAAAUAACAAAUGCAAAGAUCCGUGCCCUGGAAUGUGCGGAAUCAACGCCGAAUGCUUUGUUUCCAACCAUGCACCAAUGUGUUCCUGCAUUGCUGGAUUUACUGGUAAUCCUUCAGUUGUUUGUCACGAGAUCCCAAAAAUAGCCGAGCCAGCUCCUGUGAACCCCUGUCGACCUUCGCCUUGUGGACCAUACAGUGAAUGUCGCGAAAUAAAUCAACACGCAGUCUGCUCUUGUCAGAAAAACUACAUCGGUACCCCUCCAGCUUGUCGCCCAGAAUGUAUUGUAAGCUCAGAGUGCUCGCAGGACAAAGCCUGCUUGAAUCAGAAGUGCGUGGAUCCUUGUCCUGGAACAUGUGGCUUGAAUGCUAAAUGUAAUGUCAUCAAUCAUAAUCCGAUCUGCAGUUGUCCUUCCGAUUUCACUGGUGAUCCUUUCGUACGGUGCCUACCAGAAGAAAAACGUCCAGAGUCAAGAGAACCAGAAAACCCUUGCAUACCCAAUCCCUGUGGCCCCAACUCGCAGUGUCGAACUGCAGGAUCGGUACCUGCUUGCUCAUGCCUACCUAACUAUGUCGGUCGAGCUCCAAACUGCCGACCGGAAUGCACGAUCAACUCCGAAUGUACCGGAAAUCUUGCCUGCAUCAAUGAGAAGUGUAGAGAUCCAUGUCCGGGCUCAUGUGGAUCCAAUGCUGUUUGCAAUGUAAUUAAACACUCCCCCGUAUGUUCCUGCGCAUCCGGUUUUACUGGUGAUCCCUUCUCUGGGUGUAUGGAUAUUCCUCUUCCACCAAUACGAGACGAAACGAGGGAUCCUUGUAAUCCUUCACCGUGUGGAUCGAACGCUGUGUGUAAGGAACGUAACGGUGCUGGCUCUUGUACAUGUUUACCGGAAUAUUUUGGCGAUCCGUACAGUGGAUGCCGCCCAGAGUGCGUAACCAAUAGUGACUGCCCACGUAAUAAAGCCUGUGUAAAUAACAAGUGCAAAGACCCAUGCCCUGGGGUAUGUGGCAUAAACGCUGAAUGUUACGUUGUCAAUCACUCUCCCAGUUGCGCUUGUAUCUCCGGAUACACUGGUGAUCCACUGUCCGCCUGCCACGAACCUGCUCCUCCGAAACCAAACGAACCGCUCAAUCCAUGUUCACCCUCUCCUUGUGGGCCGAACAGUUUGUGCCGCGAAAUCAACGGACACGCAGUAUGUUCUUGCCAAACUGGUUUCAUUGGGACUCCGCCAAGUUGUCGACCCGAAUGUGUCGUCAGUUCAGAAUGCGCUCUAGAUAAGGCUUGCAUGGAUCAAAAAUGUCAAGAUCCUUGUCCGGGUACAUGUGGACAGAAUGCACGUUGUCAGAUCGUCAACCAUAGCCCAAUUUGUAGCUGCUCUCCUGACUUCACUGGAGAUCCUUUCGUUAGGUGUUUACCACAAAAAAAACCUCCUGUGAUAUCUGAACCUAUUGAUCCAUGUGUGCCUUCUCCCUGUGGACCCAACGCUCAAUGUAGAGCUGUUGGAAAUACGCCCGCCUGCUCGUGCCUGCCGAAUUACAUUGGCCGGGCACCCAACUGUCGUCCGGAAUGUAUGAUUAAUGCUGAAUGCUCUGCAAAUUUGGCUUGUAUAAAUGAAAAAUGUAAAGAUCCAUGCGUCGGCUCAUGUGGGCUCAACGCAAUUUGCACUGUAAUCAAACACAAUCCAGUUUGUGAAUGCCAGGUUGGAUUCACGGGUGAUCCUUUUUCAGUAUGCACAGAAUUCACUCCCCCACGUGUCCCGGAACCACCCAAUCCAUGUAAUCCUUCUCCGUGUGGCGCCAACGCCGUUUGUAAAGAACGCAAUGGCGCUGGAUCCUGUAUUUGUCUGCCAGACUACUUUGGUGAUCCAUACACGGGAUGUCGUCCUGAAUGCGUACAAAACUCGGAUUGCGACAAGUUCCGCGCGUGUGUUAACAAUAAAUGCAAGGAUCCUUGCCCUGGAGUUUGCGGUCUGAAUGCAGAAUGCAGAGUACAGAAUCAUAGCCCUAUUUGUCUGUGUAUUGAAGGCUACACUGGUGAUCCUUCUAGAGGAUGUAGCAUCGCAGAGAGAGUAACAGAACGACCAAAAACGGAGGGAUGCCAUCCAUCGCCCUGUGGUCCCAAUAGCCACUGCCGAGAAGUUAAUGGGCAUCCAGUAUGCUCAUGUCAAUCGGGAUACAUCGGAACCCCUCCUUCAUGUAGACCAGAGUGUGUAGUCAGCUCAGAGUGUAGUCAAGACAGAGCUUGUAUCAACCAAAAAUGUACUGACCCAUGCCCUGGUACUUGUGGUACGGAGGCUCGGUGUCAAGUUGUGAAUCACAACCCCAUCUGCAGCUGUCCUCCAGGGUAUACCGGCGAUCCAUUUAUUCAAUGUAUCAAAAAAGAAAUCCGUGAAGAUACACCACCUGUCGACCCAUGUUUACCGUCGCCUUGUGGACCAAAUUCCCAGUGCAGAGUAGUGGGUACACAAGCCGCUUGCACGUGCCAGGCAAACUAUAUAGGUCGACCACCAAAUUGUCGUCCAGAAUGUACGAUCGAUGCUGAAUGCGGCAGCAAUUUGGCAUGUCAAAACGAACGUUGCACGGACCCAUGCCCCGGUGCAUGUGGACACAACGCCGUCUGUCAAGCCAUUAACCACCGAGCCGUAUGUGUUUGUAACGAAGGUUUUGAGGGCAAUCCUUUGAUACAAUGUGACAGAUCUCUGCCACCGACAACAGAACGUCUAACACCAUGCACUCCAUCUCCAUGUGGUCCAAAUGCAGAAUGUAGGGAAAGAAACAAUGCCGGCGCUUGCUACUGCCUGAAAGGCUAUGAAGGAAAUCCCUACGAUGUUUUCUCCGGUUGCCGCAGGGAGUGCGAUGUGAAUAGCGACUGCACCGAAAAACUCGCUUGCGUGAAUUAUAAGUGUAUUGAUCCUUGCCCGGGUGUUUGUGGAAGUCAAGCCCUUUGUGAGAUUGUUAAUCAUGUCCCGACAUGUGUCUGCCCGGAAGGAAUGGUAGGGGAUCCAUUUUCGCGUUGCGAGUUACGAAAAGAAGAGAUCACGCGAGCUCCACCGGUUUGUGAUCAAAAUACAUGUGGACCAAACAGUAUCUGCCGAAUUCAAAAUGACGUCGCUGUAUGUAAAUGCCAACCAGAAAUGAUUGGAAAUCCUCCCAACUGUCGUCCGGAAUGCCUUCAAAGUGGUGACUGUGACUCGCAGCGAGCUUGUGUAAAUUAUAAAUGUAUCGAUCCGUGUCCUGGAUCAUGUGGACAGAAUGCAAAAUGCCAAGUGAUCAACCACAAUCCAAUCUGUAGUUGCAAUGCCGAUUUCACGGGUGAUCCCUUCACUCGUUGCUACCAAGAAGUUCGCGAUACCACAAAAGCGCCGCCAACGCCAUGCGUACCAUCACCCUGCGGACCGAACGCAGAAUGUAAGGCGAUUGGCGACAAAGAAGCCUGCUCCUGUCUGCCGGACUAUAUAGGAACGCCACCGAAUUGCCGUCCUGAAUGUGUCUUGAGCACUGAGUGCUCUCAAAACCAGGCAUGCAUCCGGCAAAAGUGUACUGAUCCUUGUCCAGGAUCGUGUGGCCUUAACGCCAAGUGUACCGUCGUCAACCAUACACCCAGCUGUUCGUGCGAGCAAGGAUAUACAGGCGAUCCAUUCACCGGUUGUCAGCUAAUACGAGCCGAUUAUCCAGUCCAAGUUCAGACCCCGUGUGUUCCUAGUCCAUGCGGAGCUAACGCCAUCUGCCGAGAACAGAACGGUGCUGGAUCAUGUACCUGUAUUGAAGAUCACUAUGGAAACCCGUAUGAAGGGUGUCGUCCGGAAUGCGUUUUGAAUUCUGAUUGUCCUUCCAACCGUGCCUGUAUACGAAACAAAUGUCAGGACCCUUGUCCUGGAACGUGCGGUCAAAAUGCUGAAUGUCAGGUUGUUAACCAUUUGCCCUCGUGCACCUGCAUCGAGGGAUAUGAGGGUGAUCCAUUCCGAUUUUGCAGCGUAAAACCAAGAGAACAACUUCAAGUUUUUGUCAAUCCUUGUCAACCCACACCAUGCGGUCCCAAUAGCCAGUGUCGAGAGAUCAACGGGCAAGCAGUUUGCUCUUGUUUGCCCACUUAUAUAGGAUCGCCGCCGAGCUGUAGACCUGAAUGUGUCAGUAGUUCAGAAUGUUCAUUAAACGAAGCUUGCAUUAGCCAGAAAUGUGUCGAUCCCUGCCCUGGCACUUGUGGGACCAAUGCUCGAUGCAAUGUGAAUAAUCAUAGCCCAAUCUGUUCCUGUCAGUCAGGUUAUACUGGAGAUCCAUUCACUCGUUGCUAUCCCAAUCCACCCCCUCCGCGCGAUUCCCCAGUUAUUGUAAGCGAUCCAUGUGUUCCAUCUCCCUGCGGUCCCAAUUCGCAAUGUAGAAAUACCAAUGGUGUACCGUCAUGUACCUGUUUAGUCGACUACAUUGGAUCACCACCAAACUGUAGGCCGGAGUGCAUUAUCAAUGCCGAAUGCUCAAGUAAUCAAGCUUGUAUGAACAAAAAAUGCCGAGAUCCUUGCCCAGGAUCCUGUGGUAUUGGGGCCCUAUGCAAUGUUAUAAACCACACACCUACCUGUAGAUGCGAUGUUGGUUAUACAGGUGAUCCAUUUACGAACUGUUAUGCGGCACCACCUCAACCGAAAGAGCCAAUCUACGAUGAUCCAUGCAACCCAUCGCCUUGUGGUCCAAACGCUCAGUGUAACGAUGGAAUAUGUACUUGUCUUCCAGAGUACAACGGUGAUCCUUAUCAAGAAUGUAGACCAGAAUGUGUCCUCAAUUCCGACUGCCCACGAGAUAAAGCCUGCAUACGGAACAAAUGCGUCGAUCCGUGUCCAGGAACAUGUGGACAAGAUGCCAUUUGUGAAGUCAUCAAUAAUAUUCCAAUGUGCAGUUGUCCUGUAGGACGAACAGGAAACGCAUUUGUACAGUGUCGCCCACAACAAACCCCAAUAAUUACAAAUCCUUGCAAUCCAUCUCCUUGUGGUCCUAAUAGUCAAUGCAGGGAAAUAAAUGGACAAGCUGUAUGUUCCUGUAUACCAGGUUACAUCGGAACUCCUCCCAUAUGCAGACCAGAAUGUGUGGGUAGCUCAGAAUGUCUACAAAAUCAAGCAUGCAAUAACCAAAAAUGUAGAGACCCUUGUCCAGGAACUUGUGGUAUAGCAGCACGGUGUUCUGUCGUAAACCACAACCCUAUUUGUAGUUGCCCGGAACGAUACACGGGAGACCCAUUUAUACGUUGCCAACCAAUUGUUGAACAGCCAGUUCAAAUGACCCCGAUUAAUCCAUGUCAACCAUCGCCAUGUGGGCCAAAUUCCCAAUGUAAAUCUAUUGGAAAUUCACCAUCGUGUACUUGCUUAGAGAAUAUGAAAGGAACUCCUCCAUAUUGCCGCCCGGAAUGCGUUACCAACUCAGAAUGCCAUAGCAAUCAAGCGUGCAUACGUAACAAAUGCCAAGAUCCUUGCAGUAACGCGUGUGGCCUGAAUGCAGAAUGCCAUGUUGUCAGCCAUACUCCCCACUGCGUCUGUGCUGUAGGCUUUACUGGAGAUCCUUUCAAUCAGUGCUCCAUAAUGCAACAGGAAGUUCCAAAAGAGUCAACAACUCCUUGUACACCCAGUCCGUGUGGUGCAAAUGCGAUUUGUCGUGAACAAAAUGGUGCUGGCUCUUGCAUUUGCCUAGAUGAACAUUUUGGAAACCCGUACGAAGGAUGCCGCCCCGAGUGCGUACUGAAUUCUGAUUGCCCAUCAAGUCGCGCCUGUGUAAGAAACAAAUGUCAAGAUCCGUGUCCUGGCACUUGUGGUCAAAAUGCCGAAUGUCAAGUCGUCAAUCACCUUCCUAUGUGCACAUGUUACCCUGGACACGAAGGUGAUCCAUUCAGAUAUUGCAAUAUCGAGCAACGUCAACCACCUCAAUAUGUAAACCCAUGUCAACCUAGCCCAUGCGGCUCGAAUAGCCAGUGUCGGGAGACUAAUGGCCAAGCCGUGUGCUCUUGUCUUCCUUCAUACGUUGGGACUCCACCUGGCUGUCGACCCGAAUGUGUCAUCAGUUUGGAAUGUUCUUCGGAAAAGGCGUGCGUAAACCAAAAAUGCGUAGACCCCUGCCCAAGGGCCUGCGGAGCGAAUGCCAAAUGUAAUGUAAAUAAUCAUAGUCCAAUUUGUUAUUGCAAAUCUGGAUAUACCGGUGAUCCAUUCCUAAGAUGCUAUCCGAAUCCACCUCCUCCUGAAGAUACUCAAAUUGUUGUUAAAGACCCAUGCAUUCCUUCCCCUUGCGGUCCGAACUCACAAUGUAGAAAUAGCAAUGGGGUUCCUUCAUGUUCCUGUCUAGUCAACUAUAUAGGGUCCGCUCCUAAUUGUAGACCUGAAUGCACAAUCAAUGCUGAAUGUCCAAGCAAUGAAGCGUGUUUAAGCGUAAAGUGCAGAGACCCUUGUCCAGGAUCAUGUGGCAUCGGUGCUAGAUGUAGCGUAAUAAACCAUACACCAACCUGCGCAUGUGAAACUGGUUACACAGGAGAUCCAUUUGUGAAUUGCUAUCCUGCACCACCUCCACCAAAAGAGCCAAUACGUGAAGACCCAUGCAAUCCAUCGCCUUGUGGACCAAACGCCAACUGCAAUGAUGGGUUGUGUGUAUGUAUACCGGAGUACCAAGGUGAUCCUUACCAAGGCUGCAGGCCAGAAUGUAUACUCAACUCUGAUUGCCCCCGUGAUCGAGCAUGUAUUCGCAACAAAUGUGUUGACCCUUGUCCGGGAACGUGCGGUCAAGACGCAGUAUGUGACGUGAUCAACCAUAUUCCAAUGUGUAGUUGUCCAGUUGGGAGAGAAGGAAAUGCAUUUGUACAUUGUCGUGUACAGCAAACUCCAGCAAUCACUAAUCCAUGUAAUCCCACUCCAUGCGGACCAAAUAGUCAAUGUCGCGAAAUUAACGGACAAGCUGUUUGUUCAUGCGUCCCGGGAUAUAUAGGCAGUCCUCCUACGUGUAGACCAGAAUGCGUCGUAAGUUCCGAAUGUUCGCAAAACCAAGCAUGUAGCAACCAGAAAUGUCGAGAUCCAUGUCCCGGUACUUGUGGAGUAGGGGCGCGGUGCUCCGUGGUAAACCAUAAUCCAAUUUGCAGUUGUCCCGAGCGAUAUACCGGAGAUCCAUUCUCGCGUUGUCAACCUUUAAUUGAACCUACGAUUCAAAUGACCCCCAUAAAUCCGUGUCAACCCUCCCCAUGUGGCGCUAACGCAGAAUGUCGACCAGUAGGAAAUUCACCUUCAUGCACUUGCCUAGAUAAUAUGGUCGGUGCUCCUCCGAAUUGCCGACCCGAGUGUGUAAGCAAUGCCGAGUGCAUUAGCAACCGAGCUUGCAUUAAGCAAAAAUGCCAAGACCCUUGUACAGAUGCUUGCGGAUCAAAUGCUGAAUGCCGAGUUGUCAGUCAUACUCCAAUAUGUAUUUGUUCAGUUGGAUUUACUGGUGACCCGUUCAAUCAAUGCGUACCAGCUCCAAAGGACAUACAGCAAGAACCAAUCGCACCUUGCACACCGAGUCCUUGUGGGGCAAACGCCAUCUGCAAAGAAAGAAAUAAUGCCGGAUCAUGCAGUUGUAUAGAAGAUCAUGUAGGAAACCCAUACGAAGGAUGCCGACCUGAAUGUGUUCUUAACUCCGAUUGCGGUUCAAACCGAGCAUGUGUGCGAAAUAAAUGUCAAGACCCAUGCCCUGGAACUUGCGGACAGAAUGCAGAUUGUCAGGUUGUAAACCAUUUGCCUUCCUGUACGUGUUUCGAGGGAUAUGAGGGAGAUCCUUUCCGAUUCUGCAAAGUAAAACAAAGAAUACCCAUUCAAGAGUAUGUAAACCCUUGUCAACCGAGUCCAUGCGGUCCUAACAGUCAAUGUCGAGAGAUUAACGGACAGGCAGUUUGCUCAUGCCUUCCUGCAUAUAUUGGAUCUCCUCCGGGAUGUCGCCCAGAAUGCGUCACAAGUUCCGAAUGUUCUCUGGACCGAGCCUGUGUCAAUCAAAAGUGCACUGAUCCAUGCCCCGGAACCUGCGGUACUAACGCACGAUGCAACGUUAACAAUCAUAGUCCUAUUUGUUCUUGUCUAUCUGGAUAUACCGGAGAUCCGUUUACAAGAUGUACUCGCAUUCCACCCCCUCCGCAAGAUACCCAAAUCAUUGUUCGAGAUCCAUGCGUUCCGUCGCCCUGUGGUCCAAAUUCCCAAUGUAGAAAUUCCAACGGAGUUCCAUCAUGUUCAUGUCUUAUCAACUACAUUGGUUCACCACCGAACUGUAGACCGGAGUGUACGAUCAAUGCAGAGUGUCCAAGCACGCAAGCUUGUAUGAAUGAGAAAUGUAGAGAUCCUUGUCCCGGAUCAUGUGGAAUCAGUGCCAGAUGUAAUGUGAUUAAUCACACACCGAUUUGUACCUGUGAGAGCGGUUAUACAGGAGAUCCAUUUACGAGUUGCUAUCCGGAGCCACCUCCACCAAAGGAACCCAUUCGAGAUGAUCCAUGUAAUCCUUCCCCUUGUGGACCUAAUGCUCAGUGUAACGAAGGCGUCUGUUCAUGUUUGCCUGAAUAUCAAGGCGAUCCAUAUCAAGGAUGUCGACCAGAAUGCGUACUGAACUCUGAUUGUUCCCGGGAGAAAGCUUGUAUUCGUAGUAAAUGCAUUGAUCCCUGUCCAGGAACGUGCGGACAAGAUGCCAUAUGUGACGUGAUCAAUCAUAUUCCCAUGUGCAGUUGUCCCAAUGGAAUGGCCGGAAAUGCAUUCGUUCAAUGUAGACCACAGCAAUCACCAGCAGUGACGAAUCCAUGUAAUCCCUCUCCAUGUGGCCCCAAUAGCCAAUGUCGUGAAGUAAACGGUCAAGCGGUAUGCUCUUGUGUACCAGGAUUUAUUGGUAGUCCUCCAACAUGCCGACCUGAGUGUGUCGUCAGCUCAGAGUGUUCCCAAAAUCAAGCUUGUAGCAAUCAAAAGUGUCGAGACCCAUGUCCCGGUACGUGCGGAAUAGGAGCAAAAUGCUCUGUCGUCAACCACAACCCAAUUUGCAGCUGUCCUGAUCGUUACACUGGUGACCCAUUCAUUCGUUGCCAACCAAUAAUUGAUACACCGGUUCAAGUGACUUUGGAUAAUCCCUGUCAACCUUCGCCUUGUGGACCUAAUGCAGAAUGUCGGUCAGUUGGAAACUCUCCGUCUUGUACCUGCCUUGAUGGCAUGGUAGGUUCACCUCCUAAUUGCCGACCGGAGUGUAUUAGUAACUCCGAAUGCGAUAGUAAUCGAGCAUGUAUAAGGCAAAAAUGUCAAGAUCCAUGUAUUGGAGCUUGCGGCAUCAACUCAGAAUGUAGGGUUGUCAGCCACACUCCGAUGUGCAUUUGCUCGAUUGGUUUCACUGGUGAUCCUUUCACUCAAUGCGUUGCGAUUCGACAAGAUGUGCCGAGAGAACCAACAUCUCCUUGCAUUCCCAGCCCUUGCGGUGCCAAUGCCAUAUGCAGAGAACAAAGUAAUGCUGGAUCUUGCACUUGUGUGGAAGAUCAUAUCGGAAAUCCGUACGAAGGUUGUCGCCCCGAAUGUGUUCUAAAUUCGGAUUGUCCCUCAAAUCGAGCCUGCGUGAGAAGUAAAUGUCAAGAUCCUUGUCCAGGAACUUGCGCACAAAACGCAGAAUGUCAGGUUGUGAAUCACUUGCCAUCUUGUACUUGUCACCAAGGAUAUGAGGGAGAUCCAUUCCGUUACUGCAGUGUGCAACAAAAUGAACCCAUUCAAGAGUAUGUAAACCCUUGUCAACCGAGUCCAUGCGGUCCUAACAGUCAAUGUCGAGAGAUUAACGGACAGGCAGUUUGCUCAUGCCUUCCUACUUAUAUUGGAUCUCCUCCGGGAUGUCGCCCAGAAUGCGUCACAAGUUCCGAAUGUUCUCUGGACCGAGCCUGUGUCAAUCAAAAGUGUACUGAUCCGUGCCCAGGAACCUGUGGUACUAACGCACGAUGCAACGUUAACAAUCAUAGUCCUAUUUGUUCUUGUCUAUCUGGAUAUACCGGAGAUCCGUUUACAAGAUGUACUCGCAUUCCACCCCCUCCGCAAGAUACCCAAAUCAUUGUUCGAGAUCCAUGCGUUCCGUCGCCCUGUGGUCCAAAUUCCCAAUGUAGAAAUUCCAACGGAGUUCCAUCAUGUUCAUGUCUUGCCAACUACAUUGGUUCUCCGCCGAAUUGUAGACCGGAAUGUACGAUCAAUGCAGAGUGUCCAAGCACGCAAGCUUGUAUGAAUGAGAAAUGUAGAGAUCCUUGUCCCGGAUCAUGUGGAAUCAGUGCCAGAUGUAAUGUGAUUAAUCACACACCGAUUUGUACCUGUGAGAGCGGUUAUACAGGAGAUCCAUUUACGAGCUGCUAUCCGGAGCCACCUCCACCAAAGGAACCCAUUCGAGAUGAUCCAUGUAAUCCUUCCCCUUGUGGACCUAAUGCUCAGUGUAACGAAGGCGUCUGUUCAUGUUUGCCUGAAUAUCAAGGCGAUCCAUAUCAAGGAUGUCGACCAGAAUGCGUACUGAACUCUGAUUGUUCCCGGGAGAAAGCUUGUAUUCGUAGUAAAUGCAUUGAUCCCUGUCCAGGAACGUGCGGACAAGAUGCCAUAUGUGACGUGAUCAAUCAUAUUCCCAUGUGCAGUUGUCCCAAUGGAAUGGCCGGAAACGCAUUCGUUCAAUGUAGACCACAGCAAUCACCAGCAGUGACGAAUCCAUGUAAUCCCUCUCCAUGUGGCCCCAAUAGCCAAUGUCGUGAAGUAAACGGUCAAGCGGUAUGCUCUUGUGUACCAGGAUUUAUUGGUAGUCCUCCAACAUGCCGACCUGAGUGUGUCGUCAGCUCAGAGUGUUCCCAAAAUCAAGCUUGUAGCAAUCAAAAGUGUCGAGACCCAUGUCCCGGUACGUGCGGAAUAGGAGCAAAAUGCUCUGUCGUCAACCACAACCCAAUUUGCAGCUGUCCUGAUCGUUACACUGGUGACCCAUUCAUUCGUUGCCAACCAAUAAUUGAUACACCGGUUCAAGUGACUUUGGAUAAUCCCUGUCAACCUUCGCCUUGUGGACCUAAUGCAGAAUGUCGGUCAGUUGGAAACUCUCCGUCUUGUACCUGCCUUGAUGGCAUGGUAGGUUCACCUCCUAAUUGCCGACCGGAGUGUAUUAGUAACUCCGAAUGCGAUAGUAAUCGAGCAUGUAUAAGGCAAAAAUGUCAAGAUCCAUGUAUUGGAGCUUGCGGCAUCAACUCAGAAUGUAGGGUUGUCAGCCACACUCCGAUGUGCAUUUGCUCGAUUGGUUUCACUGGUGAUCCUUUCACUCAAUGCGUUGCGAUUCGACAAGAUGUGCCAAGAGAACCAACAUCUCCUUGCAUUCCCAGCCCUUGCGGUGCCAAUGCCAUAUGCAGAGAACAAAGUAAUGCUGGAUCUUGCACUUGUGUGGAAGAUCAUAUCGGAAAUCCGUACGAAGGUUGUCGCCCCGAAUGUGUUCUAAAUUCGGAUUGUCCCUCAAAUCGAGCCUGCGUGAGAAGUAAAUGUCAAGAUCCUUGUCCAGGAACUUGCGCACAAAACGCAGAAUGUCAGGUUGUGAAUCACUUGCCAUCUUGUACUUGUCACCAAGGAUAUGAGGGAGAUCCAUUCCGUUACUGCAGUGUGCAACAAAAUGAACCCAUUCAAGAGUAUGUAAACCCUUGUCAACCGAGUCCAUGCGGUCCUAACAGUCAAUGUCGAGAGAUUAACGGACAGGCAGUUUGCUCAUGCCUUCCUACUUAUAUUGGAUCUCCUCCGGGAUGUCGCCCAGAAUGCGUCACAAGUUCCGAAUGUUCUCUGGACCGAGCCUGUGUCAAUCAAAAGUGCACUGAUCCGUGCCCAGGAACCUGUGGUACUAACGCACGAUGCAACGUUAACAAUCAUAGUCCUAUUUGUUCUUGUCUAUCUGGAUAUACCGGAGAUCCGUUUACAAGAUGUACUCGCAUUCCACCCCCUCCGCAAGAUACCCAAAUCAUUGUUCGAGAUCCAUGCGUUCCGUCGCCCUGUGGUCCAAAUUCCCAAUGUAGAAAUUCCAACGGAGUUCCAUCAUGUUCAUGUCUUGCCAACUACAUUGGUUCACCACCGAACUGUAGACCGGAAUGUACGAUCAAUGCAGAGUGUCCAAGCACGCAAGCUUGUAUGAAUGAGAAAUGUAGAGAUCCUUGUCCCGGAUCAUGUGGAAUCAGUGCCAGAUGUAAUGUGAUUAAUCACACACCGAUCUGUACCUGUGAGAGCGGUUAUACAGGAGAUCCAUUUACGAGUUGCUAUCCGGAGCCACCUCCACCAAAGGAACCCAUUCGAGAUGAUCCAUGUAAUCCUUCCCCUUGUGGACCUAAUGCUCAGUGUAACGAAGGCGUCUGUUCAUGUUUGCCUGAAUAUCAAGGCGAUCCAUAUCAAGGAUGUCGACCAGAAUGCGUACUGAACUCUGAUUGUUCCCGGGAGAAAGCUUGUAUUCGUAGUAAAUGCAUUGAUCCCUGUCCAGGAACGUGCGGACAAGAUGCCAUAUGUGACGUGAUCAAUCAUAUUCCCAUGUGCAGUUGUCCCAAUGGAAUGGCCGGAAACGCAUUCGUUCAAUGUAGACCACAGCAAUCACCAGCAGUGACGAAUCCAUGUAAUCCCUCUCCAUGUGGCCCCAAUAGCCAAUGUCGUGAAGUAAACGGUCAAGCGGUAUGCUCUUGUGUACCAGGAUUUAUUGGUAGUCCUCCAACAUGCCGACCUGAGUGUGUCGUCAGCUCAGAGUGUUCCCAAAAUCAAGCUUGUAGCAAUCAAAAGUGUCGAGACCCAUGUCCCGGUACGUGCGGAAUAGGAGCAAAAUGCUCUGUCGUCAACCACAACCCAAUUUGCAGCUGUCCUGAUCGUUACACUGGUGACCCAUUCAUUCGUUGCCAACCAAUAAUUGAUACACCGGUUCAAGUGACUCUGGAUAAUCCCUGUCAACCUUCGCCUUGUGGACCUAAUGCAGAAUGUCGGUCAGUUGGAAACUCUCCGUCUUGUACCUGCCUUGAUGGCAUGGUAGGUUCACCUCCUAAUUGCCGACCGGAGUGUAUUAGUAACUCCGAAUGCGAUAGUAAUCGAGCAUGUAUAAGGCAAAAAUGUCAAGAUCCAUGUAUUGGAGCUUGCGGCAUCAACUCAGAAUGUAGGGUUGUCAGCCACACUCCGAUGUGCAUUUGCUCGAUUGGUUUCACUGGUGAUCCUUUCACUCAAUGCGUUGCGAUUCGACAAGAUGUGCCGAGAGAACCAACAUCUCCUUGCAUUCCCAGCCCUUGCGGUGCCAAUGCCAUAUGCAGAGAACAAAGUAAUGCUGGAUCUUGCACUUGUGUGGAAGAUCAUAUCGGAAAUCCGUACGAAGGUUGUCGCCCCGAAUGUGUUCUAAAUUCGGAUUGUCCCUCAAAUCGAGCCUGCGUGAGAAGUAAAUGUCAAGAUCCUUGUCCAGGAACUUGCGCACAAAACGCAGAAUGUCAGGUUGUGAAUCACUUGCCAUCUUGUACUUGUCACCAAGGAUAUGAGGGAGAUCCAUUCCGUUACUGCAGUGUGCAACAAAAUGAACCCAUUCAAGAGUAUGUAAACCCUUGUCAACCGAGUCCAUGCGGUCCUAACAGUCAAUGUCGAGAGAUUAACGGACAGGCAGUUUGCUCAUGCCUUCCUACUUAUAUUGGAUCUCCUCCGGGAUGUCGCCCAGAAUGCGUCACAAGUUCCGAAUGUUCUCUGGACCGAGCCUGUGUCAAUCAAAAGUGUACUGAUCCGUGCCCAGGAACCUGUGGUACUAACGCACGAUGCAACGUUAACAAUCAUAGUCCUAUUUGUUCUUGUCUAUCUGGAUAUACCGGAGAUCCGUUUACAAGAUGUACUCGCAUUCCACCCCCUCCGCAAGAUACCCAAAUCAUUGUUCGAGAUCCAUGCGUUCCGUCGCCCUGUGGUCCAAAUUCCCAAUGUAGAAAUUCCAACGGAGUUCCAUCAUGUUCAUGUCUUGCCAACUACAUUGGUUCUCCGCCGAAUUGUAGACCGGAAUGUACGAUCAAUGCAGAGUGUCCAAGCACGCAAGCUUGUAUGAAUGAGAAAUGUAGAGAUCCUUGUCCCGGAUCAUGUGGAAUCAGUGCCAGAUGUAAUGUGAUUAAUCACACACCGAUUUGUACCUGUGAGAGCGGUUAUACAGGAGAUCCAUUUACGAGCUGCUAUCCGGAGCCACCUCCACCAAAGGAACCCAUUCGAGAUGAUCCAUGUAAUCCUUCCCCUUGUGGACCUAAUGCUCAGUGUAACGAAGGCGUCUGUUCAUGUUUGCCUGAAUAUCAAGGCGAUCCAUAUCAAGGAUGUCGACCAGAAUGCGUACUGAACUCUGAUUGUUCCCGGGAGAAAGCUUGUAUUCGUAGUAAAUGCAUUGAUCCCUGUCCAGGAACGUGCGGACAAGAUGCCAUAUGUGACGUGAUCAAUCAUAUUCCCAUGUGCAGUUGUCCCAAUGGAAUGGCCGGAAACGCAUUCGUUCAAUGUAGACCACAGCAAUCACCAGCAGUGACGAAUCCAUGUAAUCCCUCUCCAUGUGGCCCCAAUAGCCAAUGUCGUGAAGUAAACGGUCAAGCGGUAUGCUCUUGUGUACCAGGAUUUAUUGGUAGUCCUCCAACAUGCCGACCUGAGUGUGUCGUCAGCUCAGAGUGUUCCCAAAAUCAAGCUUGUAGCAAUCAAAAGUGUCGAGACCCGUGUCCCGGUACGUGCGGAAUUGGAGCAAAAUGCUCUGUCGUCAACCACAACCCAAUUUGCAGCUGUCCUGAUCGUUACACUGGUGACCCAUUCAUUCGUUGCCAACCAAUAAUUGAUACACCGGUUCAAGUGACUUUGGAUAAUCCCUGUCAACCUUCGCCUUGUGGACCUAAUGCAGAAUGUCGGUCAGUUGGAAACUCUCCGUCUUGUACCUGCCUUGAUGGCAUGGUAGGUUCACCUCCUAAUUGCCGACCGGAGUGUAUUAGUAACUCCGAAUGCGAUAGUAAUCGAGCAUGUAUAAGGCAAAAAUGUCAAGAUCCAUGUAUUGGAGCUUGCGGCAUCAACUCAGAAUGUAGGGUUGUCAGCCACACUCCGAUGUGCAUUUGCUCGAUUGGUUUCACUGGUGAUCCUUUCACUCAAUGCGUUGCGAUUCGACAAGAUGUGCCAAGAGAACCAACAUCUCCUUGCAUUCCCAGCCCUUGCGGUGCCAAUGCCAUAUGCAGAGAACAAAGUAAUGCUGGAUCUUGCACUUGUGUGGAAGAUCAUAUCGGAAAUCCGUACGAAGGUUGUCGCCCCGAAUGUGUUCUAAAUUCGGAUUGUCCCUCAAAUCGAGCCUGCGUGAGAAGUAAAUGUCAAGAUCCUUGUCCAGGAACUUGCGCACAAAACGCAGAAUGUCAGGUUGUGAAUCACUUGCCAUCUUGUACUUGUCACCAAGGAUAUGAGGGAGAUCCAUUCCGUUACUGCAGUGUGCAACAAAAUGAACCCAUUCAAGAGUAUGUAAACCCUUGUCAACCGAGUCCAUGCGGUCCUAACAGUCAAUGUCGAGAGAUUAACGGACAGGCAGUUUGCUCAUGCCUUCCUACUUAUAUUGGAUCUCCUCCGGGAUGUCGCCCAGAAUGCGUCACAAGUUCCGAAUGUUCUCUGGACCGAGCCUGUGUCAAUCAAAAGUGCACUGAUCCGUGCCCAGGAACCUGUGGUACUAACGCACGAUGCAACGUUAACAAUCAUAGUCCUAUUUGUUCUUGUCUAUCUGGAUAUACCGGAGAUCCGUUUACAAGAUGUACUCGCAUUCCACCCCCUCCGCAAGAUACCCAAAUCAUUGUUCGAGAUCCAUGCGUUCCGUCGCCCUGUGGUCCAAAUUCCCAAUGUAGAAAUUCCAACGGAGUUCCAUCAUGUUCAUGUCUUGCCAACUACAUUGGUUCACCACCGAACUGUAGACCGGAAUGUACGAUCAAUGCAGAGUGUCCAAGCACGCAAGCUUGUAUGAAUGAGAAAUGUAGAGAUCCUUGUCCCGGAUCAUGUGGAAUCAGUGCCAGAUGUAAUGUGAUUAAUCACACACCGAUCUGUACCUGUGAGAGCGGUUAUACAGGAGAUCCAUUUACGAGUUGCUAUCCGGAGCCACCUCCACCAAAGGAACCCAUUCGAGAUGAUCCAUGUAAUCCUUCCCCUUGUGGACCUAAUGCUCAGUGUAACGAAGGCGUCUGUUCAUGUUUGCCUGAAUAUCAAGGCGAUCCAUAUCAAGGAUGUCGACCAGAAUGCGUACUGAACUCUGAUUGUUCCCGGGAGAAAGCUUGUAUUCGUAGUAAAUGCAUUGAUCCCUGUCCAGGAACGUGCGGACAAGAUGCCAUAUGUGACGUGAUCAAUCAUAUUCCCAUGUGCAGUUGUCCCAAUGGAAUGGCCGGAAACGCAUUCGUUCAAUGUAGACCACAGCAAUCACCAGCAGUGACGAAUCCAUGUAAUCCCUCUCCAUGUGGCCCCAAUAGCCAAUGUCGUGAAGUAAACGGUCAAGCGGUAUGCUCUUGUGUACCAGGAUUUAUUGGUAGUCCUCCAACAUGCCGACCUGAGUGUGUCGUCAGCUCAGAGUGUUCCCAAAAUCAAGCUUGUAGCAAUCAAAAGUGUCGAGACCCAUGUCCCGGUACGUGCGGAAUAGGAGCAAAAUGCUCUGUCGUCAACCACAACCCAAUUUGCAGCUGUCCUGAUCGUUACACUGGUGACCCAUUCAUUCGUUGCCAACCAAUAAUUGAUACACCGGUUCAAGUGACUCUGGAUAAUCCCUGUCAACCUUCGCCUUGUGGACCUAAUGCAGAAUGUCGGUCAGUUGGAAACUCUCCGUCUUGUACCUGCCUUGAUGGCAUGGUAGGUUCACCUCCUAAUUGCCGACCGGAGUGUAUUAGUAACUCCGAAUGCGAUAGUAAUCGAGCAUGUAUAAGGCAAAAAUGUCAAGAUCCAUGUAUUGGAGCUUGCGGCAUCAACUCAGAAUGUAGGGUUGUCAGCCACACUCCGAUGUGCAUUUGCUCGAUUGGUUUCACUGGUGAUCCUUUCACUCAAUGCGUUGCGAUUCGACAAGAUGUGCCGAGAGAACCAACAUCUCCUUGCAUUCCCAGCCCUUGCGGUGCCAAUGCCAUAUGCAGAGAACAAAGUAAUGCUGGAUCUUGCACUUGUGUGGAAGAUCAUAUCGGAAAUCCGUACGAAGGUUGUCGCCCCGAAUGUGUUCUAAAUUCGGAUUGUCCCUCAAAUCGAGCCUGCGUGAGAAGUAAAUGUCAAGAUCCUUGUCCAGGAACUUGCGCACAAAACGCAGAAUGUCAGGUUGUGAAUCACUUGCCAUCUUGUACUUGUCACCAAGGAUAUGAGGGAGAUCCAUUCCGUUACUGCAGUGUGCAACAAAAUGAACCCAUUCAAGAGUAUGUAAACCCUUGUCAACCGAGUCCAUGCGGUCCUAACAGUCAAUGUCGAGAGAUUAACGGACAGGCAGUUUGCUCAUGCCUUCCUACUUAUAUUGGAUCUCCUCCGGGAUGUCGCCCAGAAUGCGUCACAAGUUCCGAAUGUUCUCUGGACCGAGCCUGUGUCAAUCAAAAGUGCACUGAUCCGUGCCCAGGAACCUGUGGUACUAACGCACGAUGCAACGUUAACAAUCAUAGUCCUAUUUGUUCUUGUCUAUCUGGAUAUACCGGAGAUCCGUUUACAAGAUGUACUCGCAUUCCACCCCCUCCGCAAGAUACCCAAAUCAUUGUUCGAGAUCCAUGCGUUCCGUCGCCCUGUGGUCCAAAUUCCCAAUGUAGAAAUUCCAACGGAGUUCCAUCAUGUUCAUGUCUUGCCAACUACAUUGGUUCACCACCGAACUGUAGACCGGAAUGUACGAUCAAUGCAGAGUGUCCAAGCACGCAAGCUUGUAUGAAUGAGAAAUGUAGAGAUCCUUGUCCCGGAUCAUGUGGAAUCAGUGCCAGAUGUAAUGUGAUUAAUCACACACCGAUCUGUACCUGUGAGAGCGGUCAUACAGGAGAUCCAUUUACGAGUUGCUAUCCGGAGCCACCUCCACCAAAGGAACCCAUUCGAGAUGAUCCAUGUAAUCCUUCCCCUUGUGGACCUAAUGCUCAGUGUAACGAAGGCGUCUGUUCAUGUUUGCCUGAAUAUCAAGGCGAUCCAUAUCAAGGAUGUCGACCAGAAUGCGUACUGAACUCUGAUUGUUCCCGGGAGAAAGCUUGUAUUCGUAGUAAAUGCAUUGAUCCCUGUCCAGGAACGUGCGGACAAGAUGCCAUAUGUGACGUGAUCAAUCAUAUUCCCAUGUGCAGUUGUCCCAAUGGAAUGGCCGGAAACGCAUUCGUUCAAUGUAGACCACAGCAAUCACCAGCAGUGACGAAUCCAUGUAAUCCCUCUCCAUGUGGCCCCAAUAGCCAAUGUCGUGAAGUAAACGGUCAAGCGGUAUGCUCUUGUGUACCAGGAUUUAUUGGUAGUCCUCCAACAUGCCGACCUGAGUGUGUCGUCAGCUCAGAGUGUUCCCAAAAUCAAGCUUGUAGCAAUCAAAAGUGUCGAGACCCAUGUCCCGGUACGUGCGGAAUAGGAGCAAAAUGCUCUGUCGUCAACCACAACCCAAUUUGCAGCUGUCCUGAUCGUUACACUAGUGACCCAUUCAUUCGUUGCCAACCAAUAAUUGAUACACCGGUUCAAGUGACUUUGGAUAAUCCCUGUCAACCUUCGCCUUGUGGACCUAAUGCAGAAUGUCGGUCAGUUGGAAACUCUCCGUCUUGUACCUGCCUUGAUGGCAUGGUAGGUUCACCUCCUAAUUGCCGACCGGAGUGUAUUAGUAACUCCGAAUGCGAUAGUAAUCGAGCAUGUAUAAGGCAAAAAUGUCAAGAUCCAUGUAUUGGAGCUUGCGGCAUCAACUCAGAAUGUAGGGUUGUCAGCCACACUCCGAUGUGCAUUUGCUCGAUUGGUUUCACUGGUGAUCCUUUCACUCAAUGCGUUGCGGUUCGACAAGAUGUGCCGAGAGAACCAACAUCUCCUUGUAUUCCCAGCCCUUGCGGUGCCAAUGCCAUAUGCAGAGAACAAAGUAAUGCCGGAUCUUGCACUUGUGUGGAAGAUCAUAUCGGAAAUCCGUACGAAGGUUGUCGCCCCGAAUGUGUUCUAAAUUCGGAUUGUCCCUCAAAUCGAGCCUGCGUGAGAAGUAAAUGUCAAGAUCCUUGUCCAGGAACUUGCGCACAAAACGCAGAAUGUCAGGUUGUGAAUCACUUGCCAUCUUGUACUUGUCACCAAGGAUAUGAGGGAGAUCCAUUCCGUUACUGCAGUGUGCAACAAAAUGAACCCAUUCAAGAGUAUGUAAACCCUUGUCAACCGAGUCCAUGCGGUCCUAACAGUCAAUGUCGAGAGAUUAACGGACAGGCAGUUUGCUCAUGCCUUCCUACUUAUAUUGGAUCUCCUCCGGGAUGUCGCCCAGAAUGCGUCACAAGUUCCGAAUGUUCUCUGGACCGAGCCUGUGUCAAUCAAAAGUGCACUGAUCCGUGCCCAGGAACCUGUGGUACUAACGCACGAUGCAACGUUAACAAUCAUAGUCCUAUUUGUUCUUGUCUAUCUGGAUAUACCGGAGAUCCGUUUACAAGAUGUACUCGCAUUCCACCCCCUCCGCAAGAUACCCAAAUCAUUGUUCGAGAUCCAUGCGUUCCGUCGCCCUGUGGUCCAAAUUCCCAAUGUAGAAAUUCCAACGGAGUUCCAUCAUGUUCAUGUCUUGCCAACUACAUUGGUUCACCACCGAACUGUAGACCGGAAUGUACGAUCAAUGCAGAGUGUCCAAGCACGCAAGCUUGUAUGAAUGAGAAAUGUAGAGAUCCUUGUCCCGGAUCAUGUGGAAUCAGUGCCAGAUGUAAUGUGAUUAAUCACACACCGAUCUGUACCUGUGAGAGCGGUCAUACAGGAGAUCCAUUUACGAGUUGCUAUCCGGAGCCACCUCCACCAAAGGAACCCAUUCGAGAUGAUCCAUGUAAUCCUUCCCCUUGUGGACCUAAUGCUCAGUGUAACGAAGGCGUCUGUUCAUGUUUGCCUGAAUAUCAAGGCGAUCCAUAUCAAGGAUGUCGACCAGAAUGCGUACUGAACUCUGAUUGUUCCCGCGAGAAAGCUUGUAUUCGUAGUAAAUGCAUUGAUCCCUGUCCAGGAACUUGCGGACAAGAUGCCAUAUGUGACGUGAUCAAUCAUAUUCCCAUGUGCAGUUGUCCCAAUGGAAUGGCCGGAAACGCAUUCGUUCAAUGUAGACCACAGCAAUCACCAGCAGUGACGAAUCCAUGUAAUCCCUCUCCAUGUGGCCCCAAUAGCCAAUGUCGUGAAGUAAACGGUCAAGCGGUAUGCUCUUGUGUACCAGGAUUUAUUGGUAGUCCUCCAACAUGCCGACCUGAGUGUGUCGUCAGCUCAGAGUGUUCCCAAAAUCAAGCUUGUAGCAAUCAAAAGUGUCGAGACCCAUGUCCCGGUACGUGCGGAAUAGGAGCAAAAUGCUCUGUCGUCAACCACAACCCAAUUUGCAGCUGUCCUGAUCGUUACACUGGUGACCCAUUCAUUCGUUGCCAACCAAUAAUUGAUACACCGGUUCAAGUGACUUUGGAUAAUCCCUGUCAACCUUCGCCUUGUGGACCUAAUGCAGAAUGUCGGUCAGUUGGAAACUCUCCGUCUUGUACCUGCCUUGAUGGCAUGGUAGGUUCACCUCCUAAUUGCCGACCGGAGUGUAUUAGUAACUCCGAAUGCGAUAGUAAUCGAGCAUGUAUAAGGCAAAAAUGUCAAGAUCCAUGUAUUGGAGCUUGCGGCAUCAACUCAGAAUGUAGGGUUGUCAGCCACACUCCGAUGUGCAUUUGCUCGAUUGGUUUCACUGGUGAUCCUUUCACUCAAUGCGUUGCGGUUCGACAAGAUGUGCCGAGAGAACCAACAUCUCCUUGUAUUCCCAGCCCUUGCGGUGCCAAUGCCAUAUGCAGAGAACAAAGUAAUGCCGGAUCUUGCACUUGUGUGGAAGAUCAUAUCGGAAAUCCGUACGAAGGUUGUCGCCCCGAAUGUGUUCUAAAUUCGGAUUGUCCCUCAAAUCGAGCCUGCGUGAGAAGUAAAUGUCAAGAUCCUUGUCCAGGAACUUGCGCACAAAACGCAGAAUGUCAGGUUGUGAAUCACUUGCCAUCUUGUACUUGUCACCAAGGAUAUGAGGGAGAUCCAUUCCGUUACUGCAGUGUGCAACAAAAUGAACCGAUUCAAGUUUAUGUCAACCCUUGUCAGCCCAGUCCAUGCGGUCCCAAUAGUCAGUGUCGGGAAAUUAACGGACAAGCAGUUUGCUCAUGCCUUCCCACAUAUAUUGGAUCUCCUCCAGGAUGCCGACCUGAAUGUGUAACUAGCUCAGAAUGUCCGUUGGAUAGAGCGUGCAUGAAUCAGAAAUGUGUUGAUCCGUGCCCGGGAACAUGCGGGACCAAUACACGUUGCAACGUAAAUAACCACAGUCCCAUAUGUUCUUGCCAAGCUGGAAAUACUGGGGAUCCGUUCACAAGAUGCUAUCCAAAUCCACCUCCACAAGACACAUCAGUUGUAUUUAGAGAUCCAUGUGUGCCUUCCCAAUGUGGUCCUAAUUCUCAGUGCAGAAACGUAAACGGCAUUCCUUCUUGUUCUUGCCUUAUAGACUAUUUAGGUUCACCACCAAACUGUAGACCGGAGUGCACGAUCAAUGCCGACUGCCCAAGUAAUACAGCUUGCAUAAACCAAAAGUGUAGAGAUCCAUGUCCAGGAUCGUGUGGGGUUGGCGCAAGAUGCAACGUAAUAAAUCACACGCCAGUUUGUAGUUGCGAAAGUGGAUAUACCGGAGAUCCGUUUACGAAUUGUUAUCCAGAGCCGCAACGUCCUAGAGAACCACCACUUAAGGAAGAUCCUUGCAAUCCAUCACCUUGCGGGCCAAAUGCUCAAUGCAAUAAUGGAAUAUGUACAUGCCUACCUGAGUAUCAGGGUGAUCCCUACCAGAGCUGUCGUCCAGAAUGUAUUCUAAAUUCGGAUUGUUCUCGAGAUAAGGCAUGCCUUCGAAGCAAAUGUGUUGAUCCUUGCCCAGGAACAUGUGGUGAAGACGCUACAUGCGAUGUUUUUAACCAUAUUCCAACGUGCAGUUGCCCCAAUGGCCGAUCAGGAAAUGCGUUUGUAAAAUGUAGACCCCAGCAAUCUCCACCGAUUACAAAUCCAUGUAAUCCUUCGCCGUGUGGACCUAACAGUCAAUGUCGUGAAAUCAAUGGGCAAGCGGUCUGUUCAUGUGUACCAGGUUUUAUCGGUAGUCCGCCAACUUGUAGACCGGAAUGUGUAGUUUCGUCGGAAUGUGCGCAGAACCAAGCAUGCAACAAUCAGAAAUGUAGAGAUCCCUGCCCAGGAACAUGCGGUGUAGGUGCCCAAUGUACCGUUGUAAACCACAAUCCAAUCUGUAGUUGUCCGCAAAGGUAUUCUGGAGAUCCCUUUGUUCGUUGUCAAGUUAUAAGUAUGAUGAGUUUUAUCAGUGUAGGAGGUAUAUAUAAUUAUAAGUUUACUUUUCUAGUUGAACAACCUAUUCAAAUGAAGCCUGUCAACCCUUGUCAACCGUCACCUUGUGGUCCUAAUGCAGAAUGCAGACCGAUUGGUGACUCUCCAUCUUGCACAUGUUUAGACAAUAUGAUUGGGUCUCCUCCAAAUUGUAGGCCAGAAUGUGUAAGCAAUUCGGAGUGCAAUAGCAACUUGGCAUGUAUCAAACAGAAAUGUCGAGAUCCCUGCGCUGGAGCUUGCGGAUCUAACACAGAAUGCAGAGUUGUCAGUCAUACUCCAAUGUGCAUUUGCUCCGUUGGUUUUACAGGUGAUCCUUUCUCACAAUGUGUUCCAGUUCAACAGAAUAUUCCAAAAGAAUCUUCAUCUCCAUGUGACCCAAGUCCGUGCGGAGCUAAUGCCAUAUGCAGGGAGCAAAAUGGCGCCGGAUCUUGUACUUGCGUUGAAGACCAUUUUGGUAAUCCUUAUGAAGGUUGUCGUCCGGAAUGUGUACUUGAUUCUGAUUGCCCUUCCAACCUUGCAUGCAUCAAACUCAAAUGCAAAGAUCCUUGUCCUGGUACGUGCGGACAGAAUGCGCUCUGUCAAGUUGUAAAUCAUCAACCAUCGUGUACUUGCAUCAAUGGAUAUACAGGAGAUCCAUUCAAGUAUUGCAGCGUUCGAGAAUCAGAGCCUCAAAUCUACAAAAACCCGUGCCAACCGAAUCCCUGUGGGCCGAAUAGUCAGUGUAGAGAAGUAAACGGACAGGCGGUUUGUUCUUGCUCAAUUGGCUAUACCGGUUCUCCUCCGGGAUGUCGCCCGGAAUGCGUUACAAGUUCUGAAUGUUCCCUCGACAAGGCUUGCGUCAAUCAAAAGUGUAUUGACCCGUGCCCAGGAACGUGUGGCGUCAAUGCUCGAUGCAACGUAAACAAUCACAGUCCCAUAUGUUCCUGUAAAUCUGAUUACACAGGAGACCCAUUCAGUAAAUGCUACCCCAAUCCUCCUCCUCCACAAAACAUUCCGCCUAUCGAAAGAGACCCAUGUAUUCCUUCACCAUGCGGGCAGUAUUCACAGUGCAGGAAUGUCAAUGGCGGUGCGUCUUGUUCUUGUCUAGCUAAUUAUAUUGGAUCCCCUCCUAACUGUAGACCAGAAUGUACUAUCAACGCUGAAUGUGCCAGCAAUCAAGCAUGUAUGAGAGAAAAAUGUCGCGAUCCUUGUCCAGGAUCAUGCGGAAUUGGUGCAAAAUGUAACGUUAUAAAUCACACGCCAAUAUGUAGCUGUGAUCCAGGAUUCACAGGUGAUCCAUUCACAAGCUGUCACCCAAUACCUGCUCCUCCUCUGAGAGUACCAGAAGAUCCAUGCAAUCCAUCACCUUGUGGGUCUAAUGCUCAAUGCAACCAGGGAAUAUGUACGUGUCUACCAGAAUACCAAGGAGAUCCGUAUCAAGGUUGCAGACCUGAAUGUAUCCUCAAUUCCGAUUGUCCGAGAGAUAAAUCGUGUAUACGCAGUAAAUGCACAGAUCCAUGCCCUGGAACCUGUGGGCAAAAUGCAAUCUGUGAAGUACUGAAUCACAUACCAGUUUGCAGUUGUCCCAAUGGAAUGGCCGGAAACGCAUUCGUUCAAUGUAGACCACAGCAAUCUCCACCAGUAACCAAUCCAUGUAAUCCCUCUCCAUGUGGCCCCAAUAGCCAAUGUCGUGAAUUUAACGGUCAAGCAGUGUGCUCAUGUGUAUCUGGAUUUAUAGGAAGCCCACCAGCAUGCAGACCGGAAUGUAUCGUUAAUUCAGAGUGUCCCCAAAACCAGGCCUGUAAUAAUCAGAAAUGCAGAGAUCCCUGUCCAGGUACUUGCGGAAUCGGUGCAAAAUGCGUCGUCGUUAGUCACAAUCCAAUUUGUAGCUGCCCUGAACGCUCUACGGGCGACCCUUUUAUUCGUUGUCAAAUAAUAAUUCCACAAGUACUCGACAUGCCUCCAGUCAAUCCGUGUCAACCAAGUCCCUGUGGACCAAAUGCGGAAUGUCGCGCUGUUGGCAGCUCUCCAUCAUGUACAUGCCUGGAUAAUAUGAUUGGUGCGCCUCCAAACUGCCGACCGGAGUGUGUUAGUAAUACUGAAUGCGCUAAUAAUCUAGCAUGUAUUCGCCAAAAAUGUCAAGACCCUUGUUCCGGAGCGUGUGGCGGAAAUGCUGAAUGCCGAGUUGUCAGUCACACUCCAAUUUGUGUCUGUUCUAUUGGAUAUACCGGCGAUCCCUUCACUCAAUGCAUUCUGAUACAACAAGAUAUUCCAAGAGAACAAACCUCCCCGUGUACACCAAGUCCCUGCGGUGCGAACGCAGAAUGCAAGGAGCAAAAUGGUGCCGGUUCUUGUAAAUGUCUAGAAGACUACUUUGGAAAUCCAUACGAAGGUUGCCGCCCAGAAUGUACUCUUAAUUCGGAUUGCCCAUCGAACCGAGCUUGUGUACGAAACAAGUGUGAAGAUCCUUGUCCGGGAACAUGCGGUCAAAAUGCGAAUUGCCAAGUUGUUAACCAUCUGCCAUCUUGCUAUUGUCUAGAUGGAUACGAGGGAGAUCCCUUCAGAUUCUGCAAUAAUCUACAAAAUAAGCCUAUAAUAGAAUACGUGAACCCCUGCCAACCCAACCCUUGCGGUGCCAAUAGUCAGUGUCGUGAAAUUAACGGUCAAGCAGUUUGCUCAUGUUUACCAACGUAUCUAGGAUCACCACCGGGUUGUCGUCCUGAGUGCACCACCAGCUCUGAAUGUGCUUUGGACAGAGCAUGCAUUAACCAAAAAUGUGGUGAUCCAUGUCCUGGAACCUGUGGAAAUAACGCUAGAUGUACUGUUGUCAAUCAUAGUCCUAUUUGCUCGUGUCAAACUGAAUAUACAGGCGAUCCAUUCGUAAGAUGCUAUCCUCAACAAAAACCUCCCAAGGACGUAGAAAUCUUCCCUAAAGAUCCCUGUAUUCCAUCUCUUUGUGGACCCCAUGCACAGUGUAGAAACAACAACGGAGUUCCGUCGUGCUCGUGUCUUUCAAACUACAUCGGGGCACCACCAAACUGCAGACCCGAAUGUACAAUUAAUGCGGAAUGCGCAAGCCAUCAAGCAUGUAUCAAUGAAAAGUGUAGGGAUCCCUGUCCGGGAUCAUGCGGUAUCGGAGCACGAUGCAACGUUAUCAAUCACACUCCGAUAUGUACAUGUCCGAAUGAAUACACUGGAGACCCAUUUACCAACUGCUAUCCAGCCCCUGUUCCGCCUAGGGAACCGGUUCUUGAUGAUCCUUGCGAUCCAUCUCCUUGUGGUCCUAAUACUCAAUGUUCCAAUGGGGUUUGCACCUGCUUAGCCGAGUAUCAGGGUGAUCCAUACCGUGGUUGUCGACCAGAAUGUGUUCUAAAUAGUGAAUGCAGCCGCGAGAAAGCCUGUAUUCGUAACAAAUGCUUGGACCCUUGUCCAGGGACAUGUGGUGAAAGCGCAUUAUGUGAUGUUAUGAAUCAUAUACCGAUCUGCAGUUGUCCUAGAGGAAUGAUAGGAAAUGCCUUCGUACAGUGUAAUGCACAACGAGCUCCCAUUGAAACUGAUCCCUGUAAUCCAUCACCCUGUGGCCCGAACAGCCAAUGUCGAUCCGUCAACGGUCAAGCUGUAUGUUCCUGUGUCAUUGGGUAUUUCGGAGCACCACCCUCUUGUAGGCCAGAAUGUUCUAUUAAUUCUGAUUGUGUUCAAAAUAAGGCUUGUGUCAAUUUCAAAUGUAUAGACCCAUGUCCGGGAACCUGUGGCUUAGGUGCGAAAUGUUCGACAGUUAACCACAAUCCAAUUUGCACUUGUGGAUAUAAAAUGACCGGCGAUCCAUUUGUAAGAUGUUACGAGUUAGGUAAUAGUCACUUUAGACAUAAAACUUUUAAAAUACUUACACCAUGUUUCUCCACCGCAGUUGAAAAACCUAUCAUCCAUGAAACUCCGCGUGACCCUUGCAUUCCUUCUCCAUGCGGUCAGAAUGCCGUUUGUGUAAAUCAAAAUGGUAACCCAUCUUGUUCCUGCCAGCCUAAUAUGAUUGGUAGUCCUCCGGAGUGUCGACCAGAAUGCGUUAGCAAUUCUGACUGUUCCAACAUUCAUGCUUGUAUCAAUCAACGUUGUCAAAAUCCCUGCUCCAAUGCGUGUGGCAUAAAUGCCGAAUGUAAAGUGUCAUUACACAUUGCUAACUGUUUAUGUCCCUCUGGUUACACCGGCAAUCCAUUCGUAAAUUGUUUUCUUGAGCCGUCAACACCGCCACCAAAGCCAGAACCUAGAGAUCCUUGCUACCCGUCGCCAUGCGGUACGAAUGCAAGAUGUAAGCCGUUAAAUAGCGGUUCGGUGUGCGAGUGCUUCGAAAAUUAUUUCGGAAAUCCGUACACAGCUUGCCGUCCAGAGUGCGUUGCCAAUUCUGAGUGCUCUAGAAAUACCGCUUGCAUUCAAAACCGAUGCAAAGAUCCGUGCCCAGGUGUUUGCGGACAUAACGCGGAAUGUAGCGUCAUCAAUCAUACACCAACAUGUACCUGUCCACAAGGAAUGGUGGGUAAUGCAUUCGAGCAAUGCUUGCGAGAACCCCAGAGUAUUCCACCACAAGAUCCUUGCUAUCCUUCACCAUGCGGGCAAAACACAGUGUGUAGAUCAUCUGGAGGAAAUGCUGUUUGCGAAUGCCUCCCAGAUUUCAAGGGUACUCCAUUUGGUCGAGGUUGCUAUCCGGAGUGUGUUAUUAAUUCUGAUUGCCCCCGAGAUAAGACAUGUGUCAAUAAAAAAUGUGUUGAUCCGUGUCCAGGAGUAUGCGGCUACAGAGCAGUAUGUCAUGCGAUCAACAACAAUCCGGUUUGCUCCUGCCCGAGUAAUAUGAUUGGCGACCCAUUCGUUGAAUGUAAAGAAGCACCACCAAAAGACCCGUGCAAUCCAUCACCGUGCCGAACCAAUGGAAUAUGUCGCGUGAUUGGAGGUCGUGCCGAGUGUCAUUAUCCUGAAUGUGUUACAAACUCGGAUUGUUCAUUAAAUCGUGCCUGCUUCAAUCAAAAAUGUCGAGAUCCGUGCGUCGGAGCUUGCGGCGUGAAUGCUGUAUGCAAUGUAGUCAAUCACGCGCCUAUUUGCUCCUGUCCGGAGCGUCAUGUAGGCUCUCCAUUUGUUCAAUGCAACAGGCAGAUAGAUGUCGUACCGCAACCGGAGUGCAUUAGCGAUGACCAGUGUACAAACGAUAAGGCCUGUAUUAACCAGCAGUGCAUCAACCCAUGUGCAGCAAACGGCGGAUUGUGUAACUUGAAUGCCGAAUGCCGUGUGCAAUUCCACAGAGCGAUUUGUACUUGUCGCGAAGGUUAUACAGGAAACGCCCAGUUUGCAUGCUACGAAAUUGGUUGCCGUGCUGAUUCAGAUUGCCCUGCGAUGGAAGCCUGUGUAAACAAAAACUGCGUUGAUCCCUGCCUGUACACACAAUGUGGACGUAAUGCCGUGUGCAGAACCGACUAUAAUCACAACGCAAGAUGCCACUGUCUGGAUGGCUACAGAGGAAAUGCGAUUUCAGGGUGUGCGCGGCCGGAAUGUGUCAGGGAUGACGAAUGUCCCUAUCACUUAUCAUGUCAGAAUGAACAGUGUAGAGACCCCUGCAACUGUGCCCCUGGAGCACAAUGUAGAGUUGACAAUCAUCGGGCAUUAUGUAGAUGUCCUCCUGGAUAUACCGGAGAUGCCAGCUUUGCCUGUGAAAAAAUACCUGUUCGCGAUCCCGAUCAAUGUAAGAUGGAUGCUGACUGCCCUAGCAAGUUGGCCUGUUUCAGCGGUCUAUGUAAAAACCCUUGUUAUGAGGCUAAACCAUGUGCGCAAUACGCUACUUGUACGGUGCAAGAUACGUUACCGCUUCGAACAAUGUUUUGUGUGUGCGACGAUGGAUACGUUGGUGAUGCGGAAAAACAAUGCUCACCAGUAUCCCCUAUUUCACCAGGAUGUAGCUCAGACAUCGAAUGUGCAGCAACUGAAGUAUGCAGAAAUCGAGUUUGUGUAAAUCCGUGCACAGAGCUUAAUCCGUGUGCUCGUACGGCUGAAUGUUUGACACAGAGCCAUAAAGCUAUUUGUUCCUGUCCAACCGGUAUGGUCGGCGAUCCAUUCCAGAACUGCUACCGUGAACCAGUCGUCGCUCCGGAGUGUACGAUCGAUUCGGAAUGCAAAGGUGACCGGGCAUGCAUCAAUCAAAAGUGUCAAGAUCCAUGCGCGGAUGGCAAUCCAUGCGCUGGAAACGCCGAAUGUCGUACUCAAUAUCACAGACCGUUGUGUACCUGUCCGCUGGGAUGGGGUGGAAAUCCAAAGAUUCACUGCUAUAAACCUGAAUGUCAAAGCAAUAACGACUGCCCAUAUGAUAAAGCAUGUUACAAUGAGAAGUGUCUUAACCCAUGUACGUACGGAGCGACACAGUGCGGUCGUGGAGCCGACUGUCUACCACAAGGACAUCGUGCCAACUGCAUUUGUCCUCCAGGUACCCAAGGCAACCCACUCAUAUCAUGUGUUACUGGACUUUGCCAAUACAAUGAAGAUUGUGCCGAUCAUGAAGCGUGUGAUAGAUUGAACCGGGUUUGCCGACCUGUUUGCGACGAUGAGGCUUGUGCUGCCACCGCUAAUUGUAUUGGUAAGAAUCAUCAAGCAACAUGUGAGUGCAUACCAGGAACUCGAGGAAAUCCAUACGUGGGAUGUGCUCGGGACGAGCCCGAACCGGAAUGCCGAGUCGAUGGAGAUUGUCCGUCCCAGCAAGCUUGCCUUAAUAAUCAUUGUGCAAAUCCUUGUUCCGCUAUCAAUCCAUGCUCGCGUAAGCAGUCGUGCACAGUUGAAGAUACUUUACCCUUACGAACAAUGAUCUGUGCUUGUCCAUCGGAUAUGCUAGUAGACGUAAAUCGCCAAUGUACCCCAAUCGUAUUCGAAGGAUGUAAAACAGACAAUGAUUGCUCGGAUACCGACCGAUGCAUUCGAGGGCAAUGCACAUUGGCAUGUCGAGCAGAACCUUGUGGAGUGAAUGCACAAUGCGUGUCCGGUGGACAUCGCGCGCGAUGCUCGUGUUCCCCGGAAUACAUUGGCAAUCCUCAUAUCGAGUGUAUACCAGAAGCAAAAGUUCCUACCCCUAAAGAAUGCACAGUCGACGAUGAUUGUCCUCUUGAUAGAUCUUGUUCCAAUGAACGUUGUGUUAAUCCUUGUACGGAGGAAGCAUGCGGACGAGGAGCUAUAUGCAACGUUCAGCUCCACGCAGCUGUUUGCAACUGCCCUAUCGGAUAUACUAAGGAUAAACCAGGAAACUGUGUGCCACCGACUGCCGAUCUACCAAAAUGCCAAUCAAACUCGGAUUGCACGUCAAGCGAAACGUGUGUCAAUGAAAUUUGUGCAAACCCAUGCAAUUGUGGUCAAAAUGCAGAUUGUUUCGUAAAAGAUCAUUAUCCUGUGUGUAGCUGUAAAGCAGGUUAUUCCGGUAAUGCUCAAUACGGAUGUGUAAAACUUGAGUGUCAGUCGGAUAGUGAAUGUGCUAAUGACAAGCAAUGCUACAAUGGCGAAUGUCUGAACCCUUGCGCUUUGGAUGACUCUUGCGCUUUGAAUGCUGAAUGCUACGGGGAUAAGCAUCGCGCCGCUUGCCGUUGCUUGCCAGGUUUAGAAGGUAAUCCAUUUGUUCAAUGUCGUCGAGUGGAAUGCCACUUUGAUGGAGAGUGCCCAAGCAAUCGUGCCUGUCUACAUGAACAGUGCGUUGAUCCAUGUAGUGAAUUAGCUCCUUGUGCGCAAAACGCAAUCUGUUUCACUCGGAAUCAUGCACCACAUUGCAAAUGCCCAGAACAUCUUCCCGAUGGAAAUCCGUUCUCUUUCUGCGAGCGGCAGCUACCUGUACCUGAAUGCACAAUGGAUGUCAAUUGUCCUAGCCGGCAAGCUUGCAUUAAUAACAAAUGUGUAGAUCCGUGCACAGAAUUGGCACCUUGUGCAAAAACAGCCAAGUGUACAGUUUUAGAUUCAAUUCCAGUUCGAACAAUGGUUUGCGAAUGCUCUGAGUUGCAUGUUCCGGAUGUGAAUGGAGAAUGUAGACGCAUAGUUCUGCAAACUCCGGCAGAAUGUAGCAGCGAUUCGGAGUGUUCAGACAAGGAAGCCUGCAUAAACCGACAAUGUAGAAAUCCAUGUAGCUGCGGUACUCACGCAAUGUGCACGAUAAAAAAUCAUCGUGGAAUAUGCUCUUGUGAGGAUGGAUACGAAGGUAAUCCAAAUAUUGGCUGUAGAACGAUCGGAUGCCGAGUGGAUUCAGAGUGUGAAUCAAGCAAGGCAUGUAUCAACGGAAACUGCGUCAAUCCAUGCUUGGACAAUAAUCCUUGUGGAAUCAAUGCCGAGUGUUUCACGGUGUCGAACCGAGCGGAAUGUCGAUGUCUGAGUGGUUAUAGGGGUAACCAUUUCGUCCAGUGCACCGCAGUUGAAUGUCGUAGCAACAAUGAUUGUCCAAACGAUAAACAAUGUCGCAAUUCACAAUGUGUCGAUCCUUGCAUCUAUGAUAGUACUUGCUCUCCUAGAGCAGAGUGUAAAUCACAAAACCACUUAGCAGUCUGCAGAUGCCCUCCAGGUUUGGUGGGAAAUCCAUAUGUAGACUGUCGACCGGAGGUCACACCUGAGUGUGUUUAUGAUACCGAUUGUCCAUCCCAUCUAGCUUGUAUCGAAAAUAAAUGUAUAGAACCAUGCGGAGUAUUACACCCUUGCAGUUUGCCAGCCAGAUGCGAAGUCAUUCCCUCCGCUCCAGUCAGAACCAUGAUCUGUAUCUGCCCAGAUGGAUACAUCAGUAGUGGUAGUGGUACCUGUAAACCAGUCAUCAAAUCCGGCUGCAUUUCAGACUCUGACUGUUCUAGCGAUACCGCCUGUGUAAAUAGUAUAUGUAGAAAUCCAUGCAACUGCGGACCGAACGCUGAAUGUCGAAUAAAAGACCACAAACCAGUUUGCUCGUGCAAGCAAGGCUACGAUGGUAAUCCUGAGAUUGAGUGUAUCAAAAUCGAAUGCCGAGCCGACGACGACUGUUCGAAUCAGCACACGUGUAUCAACCGACAAUGUGUACCAGUUUGUACAGUUGAUUCAUGCGGAAAACAAUCCGAAUGUUAUGCUCAAAAUCAUCGAGCCAUUUGCGAGUGCCUGCCAGGUUACGAAGGUGACCCACGAGUAAGCUGUAAGCUUCUAGGAUGUCGCGCUGAUUCCGACUGCCCCCUCGACAAAGCGUGCAUCAACGGCAAGUGUCAAAACCCUUGUGAAAACCAGGCAAUAUGUGCCCAGAAUGAACUGUGUCAAGUGUACCAGCACCGGGCGGAGUGCACCUGUCCUCCUCCAUUUGAGGCAGACCCAAUCAAAGGAUGCGUCGAACCACCAAAGGACGUCCGCUGUCGCACCGAUGGGGAAUGCCCCUCACAGACUGCUUGUAUCCAAGGCGAGUGCGUCAAUCCAUGCAACGUAACUGAACCAUGUGGUGUUAACUCAAUGUGUAAAGUCUUAGAUACCUUGCCGGUUCGUACAAUGAUUUGCGAAUGUCUGCCUGGUUACCAAGGAAAUGCAGCGAUUCAGUGUGAUAAAAUGGCCCUUUGUCAGACGAAUCGAGGAUUUAUUAGAGAUGCAAACGGAGAAUGCGUAUGCCCUCCAGGCUACGGACUAACGAUCUACGAUGAUUGCCAAAUAUGCCCUGUGAAAGAUGGACUGAAAAUUGACGAAGCUGGAAGAUGCAUUUGUGCCUUGGAACGUGGAAUGGUGAUUGACGAACGCGGUCGAUGCAUUUGUCCAGUUGAUUACGGCUAUCGAUUAACGGAGCAAGGUGAAUGUAUUCGCACAGCCGUUCCAGAGUGCGUCCGAAACAGUGACUGCCCAGAUUGGCGAUACUGUGAAGAACAAACUAAGACUUGCGAAGAUCCUUGUCAGACGAAGAUUUGCGGAAAGAAUGCUUUGUGCAAUGCAACUAAUCACCUAGCGGUGUGCCAAUGUAUUGCGUCAUACACUGGAAAUCCAGAAGAGCAUUGCAAUCAAACAACUACCUUCCGCACCGAUUUUCCACAGCCAGAAAUGCAAGUCACCUGUCAAGCGGAUGGUGUACAGGUUAUCAUUGAUCUGAUGGAGUCCAACUUUAACGGAGUGUUGUAUGUUAAAGGCCACAGUAAGGACGAAGAGUGCCGACGAGUCGUGAAUCUGGCCGGUGACUCGUCCCAACGAACACAAAUUUUCAAAGUACACUUUGGCAGCUGUGGGUUGAUUCACAUCAAUGGUAUUGCUAGUUUUGUGCUUGUGAUCCAGAAACACCCCAAGUUGGUGACGUACAAAGCGCAAGCCUAUCACAUCAAAUGCGUCUAUCAAACUGGGGAACAAAAUGUGACACUUGGAUUCAACGUUCAGAUGUUGACGACUGCAGGUACGAUUGCCAACACUGGUCCACCACCAACGUGUGUUAUGCGAAUUGUUGCCUUCAACGGAGAAGAGAUUAAUUCGGCGGAGAUCGGUGAUAACCUGCGUUUGCAGGUUGAAGUACAACCAGCAACCAUUUAUGGUGGAUUUGCUCGUAGCUGCGUGGCCAAAACCAUGGAAGAUAGCGUUGAAAAUGAAUAUAUUGUAACGGAUGAAAACGGCUGUGCAACCGAACCUAGUAUCUUUGGUGACUGGGAGUAUAACCCUGAGAGCAAUAGCUUAUUAGCUAGCUUUAACGCGUUCAAGUUCCCAUCCAGUGACAACAUUCGAUUCCAAUGUAAUAUUCGCGUUUGCUUUGGACGAUGCCAGCCGGUUAAUUGCCAUGGUUCAAAUGCAUUUGGUAAACGUCGUAGACGUGCUAUUACCGAUAUGAAUGAGAUUGAACUAAUACUAAACAGAACUAGACGUGCUUCCAGUACAGCGCUAGCCGCUGAUGAUUCGCUAGGUAUUGAGGGAACACUGCGAGAAGAGAUUACCGUCGAGUCAAAUGCGAUUCUGACGUUAGAGAGGAGGGAUGAAAGAUCUUACGAUAACGAUAAUAUAACUCCUGCUGCUCAACGUGUCGAAGAUAUCUGCGUGUCAAUGAUUGGACUGAUAAUCGCACUCGUUAUAACUGCGUUGCUAGCGCUGGUAGCCGUCGCUGUGGCAGUUUCAUGUUGGCUUAUGGCCUACAGAAGACGUCCAACAAUAACUGGACCUCUGCCACAUCCGCCAGAAUUCCCAAACCCUUUAUUUGCUCACCAAGAACCAUCCGAACCGUCGCAUAACUAUAUGACGUAAAAGUGUGCAAAUCGGAGACAAAGUUCUCAUUGUAAAUGCCAAGUGUACUAAAUGUGUAUAAUGUGUUUUUAAAUCGAAGCGGCACUAGCGAUUCAAAGUAAACAACGAAAUUCGAACGAAAGUAUUUUAGAAUAGAAUCCUCAACGUAAAGAGAGGUUCAAUGUAUAUAUACACACACACAUUAUGCAUAACAUCGUAAAAAGGGAUAGUGACAUCUCUAGAGUAUAAAUGGUGCUCUAACCUCAAUUCAAUGAGCACACAAGUCACUGUCAUCAAAUCGCUUUGCAAAAUCUACCGAAUGUUAGAUCAUCUUCUAAGCUAGUUCGUUUUUAUUAAUACUAUAAGUUUCAUGAAAUACGGCCGACCGGCUUUGAGCUCAUCUCCUCUCGCAUUCGCCAAAUAUUGUAACCUUAUGUAUAAAGCAACCUAAGAUCGAGAAACCUGACGAACAAAAAUAAUCUCAACCUCGUUAGUAAAUAGGACAUUCAUAGCAUCAUUUGUCUCGUUUCUCGAUAACCCUACUACAGGCGGAACGGAAUGAGCUUCAAACGAACCUGCGGCACCUGAGUAAAAAUUCUCAGCCCAGCAUGUCACGGGAGACUGGCAAUAUUUCAUGAAAACAAUCGAACAUCUCCUCCGUGGGUCGUUACUAGUCUUUAUUUAUUAAUGUUAUUGUAUUUAGAUAGGUGAUAAUUACCACUUUCCUCAUUUGUGGCAUUCGUGGUCUUUUUCCUAAUAACAAAAUUGAAUUCAAUCAAUCGAGAACCCGUAAAACUUUCCGUACCAGAUCUUUGACCCUUCUUGUUAUUAAUAUCUGCAACUAAACAAGCACUAUAAUGCCAUGUUAUUUAUCUAAAAUCCUGUUAGAGCACCUAAUUUCAGCGCAAUGCUAAAAACAGCACAACUGUUUUCUCCCUCAGAAAUUGCUAUCGGUGUUAUUCUAUUUCAUAUAGUUUUUCUAGUUGUAAUUUAUACAAAAAUAUGAAUAUUCGAAACAAAAUACGCGAACUUGACCCUCGGAGGAUUUGUAAUAAAUAGUUAGGUUAUUUAACGUUCAAGAAAAGAAACAUAGUUGAGGAGCUGCGUUACCUAUAGUAAGCGCAGAACGUAGUCAUAUUGCUAUUCUAUAAAAAAAAAUCAGAACUAUACGAGAUUUACAUCCCAACACGCCCUACGAAUUUUAAAUACUGCCAUUAAAACUCAAAAACGACCUAAAAAAUAUUAAUCUUUACCUGGUCCUAGAACGAAAACUUUGAAAAAGCAGCGAUUUUCAUGGUUUUCGUUCUAGGUUUCCAAACAAAUCGUAAAAUAUUUGAGAAAAAAAUGAGUAAAUUUAACGACGAAAAUGUUGCUAACUGUCAAACCAUACUGCCCUUUCAGAAUACUACCCGAUAUUGUCUUCAUAUUCGAAUCGCUUUAGCUAUUUGUACGAUGUAUAGGAAAUUAUUUUGAAUUAAUGUUACGUCUCCAAGAGACAAAAAACGAAAAAUGGCAGGAACUACUCUCUUUGGCAAUUAUUUUAGGAGAUACAAGAUAUUUUUCGCUUCCUUUAUAAAAGGCUUCUCAAUGCCCAGAUAUUUAUGAAUUUUUUCAACUGAUAAUAAUGUCAACUAUUAAGACUGGAUUAACAUUAAUUGAUGAUAAACGAAUCAAAGAUGAGAAGCAAACAGUAAACGUUUUCCCGAGCAAUAAAUAAUGCACUCUAUGUUUUAAACGAGUUUCAUCAUGCCUACUUAACGAAAGCAGUCUGUUCGAACCUUUCCCAGUGUAAUGUGCAUUCCCUUUAUCAUGAUGUACAGUUCAAGUGAAUCAUACGCUAAUACCACCUCCUAACGGAAACGUGAUGAAAUAAAAACCAAC